UGCAAGCAGGGCACAAAUGAGACGGACCUGGUACAUAAGGUUUACAAGAAGUGCAACAUGAAACUAAAAUACUGUGUUGAUAUGACAAACAUAAAGGAAAGACAAAUGCAAAAUUAGGUUGAUUAGGUAAACUUAGGUAAAAUUAGCUGAUCAGUUGAAAAAUCGUGAUAUAUUGUAUUUCGAUACUCAUUGUAUAGACAGGUUUCUUGUGUACAAACAAUACUAGGUGCACGCGCAACCAUGGGGCAAAGGCCUGCUUCGGAGUGAACUAAUAUCAAUGAAGAUGCCUUAAUGUUUACAAGUUCUCCCUGACACAAUUGCAAUAAAGUGUCAUUUCAUUGAAAAAUCGCUUUGUCUCUCAUUGCAUCAAAAUCGGAAAAACACUUGCUGAAAUAUUCCAUGAAUGUCCCUCAAUACCAGGUCGUGAUGUUGUUUUAGAUGUUUCUAAUAUCAGGAGCAGGGUCGUUAUGUUUGCCGAUUGUUUGUUUUGCUGAUUGGCGCAGUUUACAGCACAACAGCUCCUGGUCAUUUUUGUGCAUGCCUGCGAUGACGUUGCGAAACCCAUCAACUGCAAAAUGUUAAAAAUUGCAAAAAUAUCAUAUCAUGGCCCAAGUAUCGUGAUAAUAUAGUAUUGUGGCACCACUGGUGAUUCCCACCCCUUAUCAAUAUGACGGAAAUCAGCACCUUUGUGGUAAGUUUGAUUAAAAGUUGGCUAAUUCUAAAUGUAUUAACGAUUGUGCACAGGAAGCAUGUAUGAUAUAUUGCAGCUUAAUUUUUAUUCAUGGCAUAUUGAAAAGAUGUCAAAGUAAAAAAAUGAAAACAGGCAUAAAACUAGGAGUUGCCUUUGGCCUUUUUAUUUAAAUUUAUAUUGAGAAGUUAAUAAAAUCAAUAAACUUAGCCGAGCAGUUACCUUAAGGUCUUUCGGGGCCCCGGGGGAAAUACAGCUUUGAUUUUUUUUCUCUAAUGGCUUUUUUUCAGAUUCAUGAAGUGUUAAAAGGACUAACACUAAUUAUUCGACCACAUGUAUGUUAAAGUACAUGUGUUUAUGUGUACAGGUGCAUUGAUAGGUCUGCCUGUUUGCUGGAUGUGUUUGUGUCAAAACUAGCUCAGAGAAGUGAAACAGAUCAACAGAGAGGGAGAGAUAUAGAGGUCAGGGUUAGUAAGGCUAUCAGCUAAAGCCGUGUGUGUGAGAAGGAGGGUGUGUGAACUCAUGUAGCUGUGUAUGUGAGUGCUUGCUUGGGUAUGUCUAUGCUCUUUUAAUGGUCUGCUAAUCCCAAAUGCAUUUGGCUGGCAAAUUAAUCCAAGCCUUGUCAUAGCCAAGCUCUAAUACCCCUCUUCUAUCCCAAAGCCUGCGUGUGCUCCCUGUCCCCCCUCGCCAUCUCGUAUACUCUUCCUCGCGGGCCACUCUCGAUCACUUUCAUUCUCCAGAUGGUAUCCUGGAGGAAGGUGUGAUACCGAGAGAGAAAGAGAGACAGAGGGAGAGAGAGAGAGAGAAGGAAGCUGACCUGUGACGCGAGUGGAGCCUCCUCAUUGGAGCGCAUGGUGCGGCAGAGAGAGAGAGAGAGAGAGGACGAGGGGGGGUUAUUUGUUGCCAUAGUGAAAAAGUAGAUUACCCGCUGCCAGCAUGAUGCCCUGAUGGAUGCGCGAGGGAUGUUGUGUUUCUCCAGGAGCAGUCACCUGUUCCGCAUGCAGAGGUAUGUGACCACGCUUUUUUUGUUUGACAUUCCAUGAGGGAGUACUUGAAGUGGCGUGAUCGGGUGUUGCAGACAAAUUCUUCCAUAUCCACUGGGCCUUUUCUUUUGCCCUCUUGGAGGCAGCCAAGUUCGUGAUUGGAAAUGCGUCUGAAGAAGGGGGGCACUGUCUGGGAUAACCACCUUUGAGUAGUCUCCUAGAAGUAAACCUAUAAAGAUAGUGGAGUCAGAAGAGAGAUAAGAUGAAGAGAUGACAUUGCAGAUGUGAUGUUUCAAUGCCAUGAAGGAAAAUUAACCAUAAGGUGUGUAUUUUUAAUGUAGUCUAUCCUAUUCCUCUGAUAAAAAGGGGGUGUGUAGGCUGUAGAAUCAGGAGAAGAAUUGCACUAAAUAUGAUCAUAAUUGUAGACUUACCCUGAAUGUGUUGAUUCUAGAGAAAUAAAGGUUAAUAAAGGCUUCAUAAGUAAGCAUUUUUCAUUCAAAACAACAUAAAGAAAGAUAUAAAAUGACCAUGCUGCUGGCAGUGAGCGCCCACCACGGUCGGUUGGAGACAUUUGCAGAGAAGCUGAAUGUUUCCAUUAGAUUUGUAUUGAUUUUAAAUCCUAAAUGAUUUGAUCUCUGUGGGGCUUUCAAGUUGGACGCCAGGAGAAGGUUUAUAGGUUAAUGGCUCUUCACUCCUGUGACUGCUAUGAAACUUCAAAUGUCAUCGAUCCCUUCCUCCGACUCCUUAUCCCAUCUCACAGCGUCACCGCUGAUACCUGGUCGAACGGUGGUAGAUGGGCCGGGCUCAGUCAUGCGAGAUCUAGCCCACUUACUGUAGCAUAUAGUCUAUUUAGAUUUUAUGGGCUUUGCGCUUGUAAAGUUUGUGAAUAGAAGUUUUCACCAAAAGGCUAUGGGAAUAAAUGGGAACAGAGGACACCUUUAGGUCAGUAUAAAAAAGCAGGGUAACACUUUACAGUAACCAUAACUUAUAAAUGGUGAAUAGACCAUUUAUAAAUGAUAAGCAGAUGGUUUAGUUUAGUUCUUUUAAUUGUUUUUAAAGCCCUCAAUGGUCUUGCCCCUCCUUACCUGUCUGAGCUCCUGCAUCACCACUCCCCAGCCAGAGCCUUAAGGUCCUCUGGCCAGCUACUGUCAAGCGUCCCAAAAACCAGACUCAAGUCUAGAGGUGACAGGGCCUUUUCAGCGGUUGCCCCUAGACUGUGGAACUGUUUACCCGGCCAAAUUAGAGCCUCUCAGAACUUAGGGUCUUUUAAAUCACCAUUUUCCCCUUGCUUUUAAUAAAUCAGCACACAGGAAUCAGAGGAACUGUAGCCAUUAUUCUUUUUCUGUCUUUAUUUUAUUCUACUGUUUUUAAUUUUUUUUAAGGUGCUUUAUAAAUAAACAUUGACAUUAUUGUUUAAUCAUCAUUUAUAAGUAGCCUAUAGACCCUUAAUCAAUUGUAAAUGUUACAAUUUUAAAAACCUAACCCUAACUUUAACCCUAACUUUACAAUAACCAUCUAAGUCACAUUUAUAGGUGGUUUAUAAACCACGUAUUAAUCAUUUACAAAGUAUUACAACCAUCAGUUGCAACUUUACAAUAACCAUCCAAGUCAGAGGCGGCCCAAGCCUCAGUGGGGCCCUAAGCAAAAUUUGAUUUUGGGGCCCUAUAUUUCUGCUAAUAGUAUUGAUUGUUGAUCAUUUACACACCUUCUUUAACAUUUCAUGACAUGUAAACAUACCUUUAUCUUGGCAUUUUUACUGUUUUUCCUCUUUCUUUUCUCUGCUCCUGAAGGAUAUGUCCCUUUUUGUGACAUUCUUUUGCCCCACAACUACCUGCACUUUGGAUGCUCAGUGCACAUUGCACAGCAGGAGGCACAAAACGGUAGCUGAGCUUUGACAGAUCAGCAGUAACAAAAAUGUUUUUACUUUAUUUUAUUUUUACAAUAACAUAUAUUUGAGCAUACAGAAAGCAUCACUCAUACAUGCAAAAAAAAAAAAAAAAAAAUUGAAUUUUUUUGUUUGCUCUUGGGCCCCCCUAUUGACCGCGGGGCCCUAAGCAGGCACUUAGUUCGUUUAUGCCUUGGGCCGGCUCUGAUCUCAGUAUUGUUUAUAGGUGGUUUAAAAACCAAAUAUCAACCAUUUACAAAGUGCUACUGACACACAUUUUAAUCUAACCAAUAUUUAAACCCUAUAUAAACCUUUAAUAAAUAGUCCAUUCAUGAUUAAUGAAAAUGAUUAACCAUAGUGUCAUUGCUUGUUAAUGGUUAAGUAACUAUUAACUUACAUUAACGAACUAUUUGCCAUUUCUAAUUGGUCUAUAUGCUGUUUCUAAAUGAUGAUUAAACAUUGAUAAACUAUCUAUUUACCAUUUAUAUAUGAUGGUUAUUGUAAAGUGUUUCCAAAAGCAGAGAGGCAAACUGGUUACACCAACUUGGUUUUGCUGUUUCUUUGUGUUUAUUAAUUGCUGUUAAUGUGAAAGUGACAUGAAUGGAAAGCUCUUUAAGGAUAGUAUGAAAAUGGAUAAGAAAGAAAUUUAGUCAAGAAGCAUUGAGGGCUUGAGGAUUAACUUCUAAAGACUGAGAGUGGUAGAGAGAAAGGAACAGGAGGAGAAGGGGGGUGAAACUUCUCGGGGUGCGUGUAGAGGGAGAGGGAGAGAGAGAGAGAGAGAGAUAGGGACUGAGAAGAGGAGGAGCAGAGAUGAGAGGACAAGGGGGUGGGCUGAAGGAGAGAGAGGUGUUUGGAGAGAGGCUCAGGUGUGCGUGACUGGAAAACGGAGGAAGGGGGCUCGGAAGCUGCACAGCGAUCAGAUGCAGCUCCAGUGAGAUGACUUUGGAUUACACAGUACCUAUCGGCGUAAUCUUGUUUUUUUUUCUAUGAUAGUAACUGGUAACUUCACCAUCAAGUCGAACCUUGUGAGUGUGUCAGGGAGUCAUUGAUCAGAAAAGGUAAGGCUCAGUGUUGACAUUUUUGCAGGACAGAUAAACCCAAUCCUCUCUCUAACGUCCUUUAAAUGGUUUCGUCGUACUUUAUCACAAUGUGUUCCUAAAGGGACGCACUCGCAGCGACAACUGAACUGGUUAUUGUUGAAAUGAUGCUGAGGUUACAUCCCAUAACUGUGUAACCUACUUAAAGGGGGGCAGCCAGUUGCACAGUUGGGUAGGAUAGGAUAGAUACAGUCAUGCCAAUCAGACAAGGAUGGAUCAAAAACGUGGAAUACGUCGAUGCAUGCUUGAGCUGUCUUCAUUUGAGAUUUUGUCUCUGUCAUGGUGUUUGUAAUAAAAUCGUACGUGUUUAAUUAUGAAAGACAAAUGAAAGACUCCCGAUCUCCCAUUGCGGUUGACGGAUGCAGCGCUGCGCCAGUCAUGUUGUCUCCGGGUUUUGUUUCUCCUUGGAGAGAGGCAUUUUUGACCAGACGCUGUGCGUGCAUGUCAGUGUUUUUAGGAAGGGUAUACAAUCACAUGUAUUCUCUUUUAAUAGAGACAUGCAUAAAGAUCAAGGUGACUACACGAUAUAAAACACCAACCCCAAAAAGGCGAUUGAAAACCGAUGAUUGACAAGGUUACCAGUCUGUGCCGCAAGUCGCAGUUGAAACAUUGCAGGUUGAAGUAAUUUGGAGAAGGUCAGAUCUUGUUUGUGGGACUUGUGCAGGCUUUGUCACACCUUGUCUGAUGUGCUGCUGCAGCAGGUACAGUCCUUCCUUACCGUGUUGGCACUCCCUGGCAGCAACAGCUCAAGGUGCAUAGAUGACAGGAGUUAACUGCAUCGCAUUUGCAGUGACAUACUUGUUGGCAAUGAUGUGAAGUGCUGGCUUUGUCUUUGGUUUUCAGUGAGAUUUUGAUGGUGUUUGACAUUGUCAUGCCCUUAACCGUCAGAUAAAGUCCUUCAGUAUUACAUCACAGUUAUUUACAGAGACAUUUUUAAAUUGGAUGUUUGGAGUAUUUGUGUCUUAUAGCUCUAGGGAUGCCUUUCAUCCAAGCAAGGCUCUUAAUGGCCUACGAAGUAAUAAUGAAUAAUUGUAAAAUGAAGUGAUUUAACAAAGUUUCUACAGUAUGUUGUCCUGAGACUGAGGAGAAAUUAACAAAGUGACACUCUUCCAUAUUGUGUCUUUUUUAACCUUUUACAUUGUUGGUUUUAUUUCUCAAAAUUUUCUCUAUUUUAAAUUGUGUUUUUUAUUUAAUUUUUUCUUUGUAAGGUGUAUUUGAGCACCUGUAAAAGCACAUUAUAAAUACAUUUAUUAUUAUUAUUAUUAUUACUUCUUUGGAAAAUAUGAACUCUCUUUGGCAUACAUGUCCAUAUACAUAUUAAAAAAUGGACAUAUAAACAUCAAUUCAAACACACAUAUAUAUGUAUUUUGAUAAUUCUCUUUAGUAUUUAUCUUUUUAUUUUAUUCUUAUACAAACGUUUUACUUUACUGUUCUGUAGAAUUCCUGUCUUGUAUAUACAGUAACCUUCUUUCUUACAAAUAUUUGUACUUUUACUACCUUAUUUUUACUUGUCUAUUGCACUAGAAAAGGAGAAGCUCUCCAAUCUUGUUGUACUUUUAGUAUGAUGACAAUAAAGGACAUUCUGAUUCUGAUUUUGAACUCUUAAAAUCUAUAAAGCCAUAUGACCCAGCAAAUAACUGAAAAAACAAAACACUGAUGUUUUUAAUCAAGGAGGCCUGUUUGCAAAAAGCCCCCUGUGCCUGAAUUUGGCACCGUUUUGAAAAAGUGGUAUGUCAAUGCAAGACACAAACCUACUCCAUUAUGUUUACAGAUAGAUAACCCGUUGUACCUGCCAAAAUGUUAAUGCUGGUGCUCCAUCAAGUGGUGGUAGAGGAAGGAUCUACACCGCUCUUUACAUUAUGUGUGUGAAUGCUCAUCUAUCAUGGUGGUGCAUAAGAAGGGCUUACAUUGUUUGUAUGCUUAUUUAUUGAUACGGUCAAUGAUCAAGGCCAGUAUGUGUCUUUAUCUAUAUUUGUCAAAAUGCACAGUAAGUGAAGUUUUUACAACUGAUUAUCUUGUAAAAAGACUUACUACAAUCUGUAACAGAAACAGCAGAUACUUUUCCCAUCCCUGUUAUUACUAAAUGCAAACGCUGAUGUCUGUGUGUCACACAGGACAAGAGUGCAGGGGUUCUUUUACAGAAAUUGUCCUCUCUUAAUGCAGUGUUAAUUAAAUGCUCUUUAACAUAUUAAAGAGUCAAUUAGCCGAACUGAGUGAGCUAGAAAGUGAGGAAAAUAUUUCUCCAAGCCAGUGUUGUGAGCUAACUGUCUAUGUAAAAGUUGAUUUGGAGGGUUGUAUAACACCAUUAUGCUUAGUUCGGAUGAGGAUGUAGAUCUAAAUGCCCAGUGGCAUGUGCUCAGUGAGUUGGAUUUUGAUUUUUUCCCUCAUAACAAAAGUUUGGGUUUAAGGAACAAGAGAGUGAUACAGAGGGGAGGGACAGCAUAUAUGUGACAAGGAGGGACAUGCUUGAGGACUGCAACAGUGGCUGCUCUAAGGAGGAUCAAAAUUUAUGGUCAAAUUACUUUGGGUGAGUAGGAAAGUAAGGUGAAACUUUAAGAGAGGCAAGUUUGAGAUAUUUGUAACUUUACAGGAGAGAUAAAUGGAGAUGAGGAGAGACAUUGUGGUGUCAGUGUGUGUGUACACAGUAUGUGUGUUUGAUUUGUUCAUUACUGGAGCAGCAGUUAGCCCUGUUGCCAUCCUGACACUGUCAUGUUAAUUAUGUUCAGUGAGACUCUCUGUCCCUUGAUGCCUUUUUUUCAACACCCUCUUUCUUCUUUUACUCUUUCCUAUCCUAUCUCCUCCUUCUCUGUCUCUCUUCCUAUGCCUAUUUCGUCCAACAUGUUCCCAUCCUGUCUGUCUUCCCCAGUCUUUACCUAUUCCUUAUUCUCUCUAAUCAUCCCUCCAGUUUUUCUAGUGUAUUCUGUUUCCCUUCUUUUCUCAGUUUCCUUUAGUUUCUUUUAAUACUUAACUUUCUCCACAUUCUCUCCCCCCUAAUGCACUCAGCUAGCCAACUAACUCCCCUGUCAUGACCUUGAUCCUUUUUUGCAUAAGCAGUAGAGGCCACCUUCUGCUGGCUUAACUGUCCCCUGCUGUUUACGGUCAAUUAAGUUGCCCCAUUACAGUAAGCUUAAGUAUUUGUGUAGCAUUGGAGGUUAAGCAAAUUAUAAGACUUUCUCAUUAAUGCAAAGGAAUGGCUACUUGAAACUUGACUCAAGGGGGAAAGUGCUAUCCCUCCAGUUGGAUGACUGUUAAACACUGUGUGCUUGGUGGAUUUCACCUUGUGUCGACACUCGUUGUGUCCAGUGUGCUUUAAAGCCUCCAAUUGGUGUUUAACCUGCUUUCAUUUCGUACUAAGUUGGAUGAAUGCAUUUUGUAAUUUGUAAUAACAAGACGUACCCAAUUGCAGUCUUGUAAAUUAUCUUAAUUGUAAUUAAGUUGAUGCUUGGGGUCACAAUUUGGAGUGAAUUCAAAUCCCAAAAAGUAUUCAGAGUAUGUUGAGGGUGGAUGGAGGGGUGGAAAGUUCUGUUCUUACUUGUGGAGUUAAUUCUCUAGUCUCUGAACUAACAUAAAAGGAAAAUAUGACCACCGGUGGUUUAAUUUGGCCUGGAAGGUGUUACAGAUGCAGGCGUGGGUGCUGAGUGAAAUUGUUAGACAUUCAAUAGGGUUCCUCACAGCAGCAGAGGUGUGAUAUGAUGUUGUGUCUGUAUUACUGCUUUUAUGUUGUCACAGUGGUGGUGACUACAAUGGUUUUAGAGCCAGUGCUCCAGCCAUCACAUUAAACUUCAUUAUAGACCGAGCAUUUACUGCUCAUUAUGUUGGCCACCGUAAUGGCUGACGCUGCGAUCAUUAUGCUGAUUUCAUUUGCACAGUUUGCAUUCCCAUUUCAAUUAAAUACCAAGUGUGCUGCUGAGAGUUACGCUUUCAUUUAAACAGGUGCACACACAGUCUUGUGAGAAUGAUCAACAUGAGCUAAGGCUUAAUUUACUCACUUUGCAUUAGGGAUGUUUAAUAUGUGUGUUAAGUCGACGUCACCUUUGCAAGUUAGCACCAGAGUGACUAGUCUAUUAAAUGAGUUAAUAUCUUUUUCUCUAUAGGCGUUAAAUGCUGGCCAUAUAGCUGUAGUGCUGCCAUCUGUCACUAUUGCCAUAUUGCCAAAAUGCCCACUAGUUGGAUGUUAACUACCUGGAUGUAAAGAAACACACAUAACAGAUGGCAUCCCAUUAUGUUCAGAACAUCAUCAAUAUUUUAAUCCAGGAAAUACAGAUUCAGUUUUAUGAAGGAUUCGUCUUGUUUAAUGGGCAGGACCAAAGGUGCUAGUUCUGCUAAUGUUCACCACGUUUGGCAAACCAUUUUGACAUUGUGUUUCUGCAGUCUCAGAAAUGAAUGAAUGAAUGAAUUUUUAUUUAUAUAGCAACAAAUCACAGCAGUCACAUCCCAAGAUGCUUUCCAACAAAAGAGUAGGUCUAGACCAAGAUCAUUGUUUGAUGUAUUACUUUAAGAUGGGACAGAUUUGACCCAUCUCAUCUGACAUGAAUGACAAUGGCAACGAAAAACUACCCUUUAAUAGGCAGAAACCUUGAGCAGGACCAGACUCAUGUUAGACAGCUAUCUGCCCCUGCUGAGUUGGGGAAAUUAAGUCUUUUUUUCACCAAACCAAAUAUUAGCCUUUGCUUUGUCUCACAGAAUGUCCUCCUUACUACAAUAAUUGUUUGGCUAGACAUCACACAGUUUCGACACUGCUGUACUGAAAGUGUAACUUACAAUAGUCUCAAUCCUCCCACAGUCCCUCCUCUAUUUUCUUAUUUUGCCAUGCAGUGCAAAAUUACAAUAAACAUGUACAUUUAUAUAACUUACUACUCAAAGAUACAAGGGAAGUGUCCAUAUCAAACUGGGAGCUGAUGAAAAUAAAGAGGCUUCUUCAAUAAUAGAUCAUGAAUACAUUUGCUAAAAUCUAUGUUUGAUCUCCCUCAAGUGUGAAGGAUUGAGAUAGGAAAUUUUGUUCACAGACUAUGGUUGUGUAGAAGUAGAUAGCUCCAAAUUUUAGUCCGCCUGCAUGUUUGAACAAAUGUGCACCAACUGCGAUGUUGAAAUUCUAACAAAGUCUUUUCUACUCACAGGUUCAUGUGAACAUGUCUGUCUGUCACCUGUUACUGUGGAGACCAACUCUACCAUGUAAUUUGGGGAGCCUGAUGUUGUCACACCCAGUGAGACUUAGCCCAGAUUGUUUUUCCAAAUUCCCCAGGUUGCACUGCUGCACCUGUCUCAGCUGUCGCAGUGAUGGUUCCACCUUGAAUCCUGAAGACAAGGGAGUUGGAAGGCAGGAGUUUAUCGAUCUCAUCCGUUUUUGAAAUCUUUUGUGCUACCAGCACUUGUCCUUGCUAUGGCCAAGCAAAGUGUUUCUCGGACAAGUAGAUUCCUGUGACAACUCGGAACAGCAACUUGUGACCUGCUUCUCCUUUUACACCUUAACGGACCAAGAUGAUUCUUCGGCUGCUACUCGUUCUGUCGGUUUGGUUCUGGCCUGAUCAAGCUGACUCUGCCCACUCCAAUGAACGGCGAGUUGUGGCACACAUACCGGGUGACAUCAUCAUUGGAGCGUUGUUUUCUGUCCAUCAUCAGCCUCCCGCUGACAAGGUAAUUCUGAGACUUGGUGAUUGCAUAUGUGUACAUGAUGGUCGGGGACAUAUAGGUAUUUAGUAUUCAGGUAUCGAGUUUUGUAAAUCACGUUCACUUUAUAAACAUUGCAGAGUAGAGAUAAAAAUAUAAAAAAAUCCCUUCUGUUGGUAGAGGAGUGAUCCUCUGCUUAUUAAGACCCAAGGAACACAUUCAAUUUGUAGAAUGGGUCUAUGAACUUGCAACCUCCAUUAGUUGCCCAAGGAACUUGCAGACACCCACUGACAUUUAUGAUUUUUUUCCCAUCUCAUUAUAGAUAAUUGCGCACAGUGGAAGAAGUGAUUCUUUUAGCAUAGCAGUCAUGAAUAUAAAACCGAUAUUAGUCCAACAGUGAAGCACGUAUGUGUUAAAUGCACAAUUUUAAAAGUAUGUUCAGCCGGUGUGCUCAGAAAUGAAAUGUUAGUGCCAUUAUUGGUAAUGACAAGGUUUAGACAUAUACUAUCCACAUGCCAGUUCAAUUUACUAGAUCAAAUUUCUUUCCUCUACCUUUUACACCCUACACAGGUGCAUGAGCGCAAGUGUGGCGCGGUGCGAGAGCAGUAUGGCAUCCAGAGGGUGGAGGCCAUGAUGCACACGCUGGACCGCAUCAACACCGACCCGCACAUCCUUCCAAACAUCACCUUGGGCUGCGAAAUCCGGGACUCUUGUUGGCACUCAGCUGUGGCUCUGGAGCAGAGUAUCGAGUUCAUACGGGAUUCCCUGGUCUCCUCCGAUGAGGCGGAGGAGUGGGGUGGAGGAGUUCCUUGGGGAGGAGGAGGAGGUGGAGGAACGACAAUGAAAUGCGCAGACCCCGCUGCUACUCCAAUGCGGGGGAAGAAACCCAUUGUGGGCCUGAUCGGACCAGGGUCGAGCUCAGUGGCCAUCCAGGUCCAAAACUUAUUACAGCUCUUCAACAUACCACAGAUUGCCUACUCUGCCACCAGUAUGGACCUCAGUGAUAAGGUGGGGGCAAAUACCUACUCUUAUCAACGUGUACAAAUGGAAGCCUAUGUAGAUAAAAGGAAAUGUAAUUGUAAAAGUAUUAUUCUGCUGCUUCUAUGUGUGUAUAGUCUCAAUUUUUAAUUCUGUUGUUUUUCAGAGCCUUUUUAAGUACUUCAUGCGUGUGGUGCCUUCAGAUGCCCAGCAGGCACGAGCUAUGGUGGACAUUGUCAAGAGAUACAGCUGGAGCUAUGUGUCUGCCAUACACACUGAAGGUACAACCACCCACACACACACACACACACACACACGCACACACAGUACUGUCUGUUCUCUAACUUCAGACAUGUACAUUUCUAUCACUGUCCUUGCCUCAUUUUUCUGCAUUUCACUCAUUUUUUGUUUGUUUACCCAGAUCCAAGAAUAAAUGGAAUGGAAAGUCACUGAUAGCUUUAAGAUGCAGAAUUUCAAAGACAUCAGUGGUAUUUCACAAUAGAAGAUCUUACUGGGAAAUUCGAGCUAAAGAGAAAAGCAGAAUAAAUGUCCUUUAAGAAAGAAAGAAAGAGAGCAGUAUUACUGGUGCAAGGACAAAGCGCAAGAGCAACACGAGAGAGAGAGAGAGAGAGAGAGAGAGAGAGAGAGAGAGAGAGAGAGAGAGAGAGAGAGAGAGAGAGAGAGAGAGAGAGAGAGAGAGAGAGAGAGAGAGAGAGAGAGAGAGAGAGAGAGAGAGAGAGAGAGAGAGAGAGGGGAGUGUAACUGACAGGAAUGUUUAUGUCAAGAGUAAAAUAGAGAUGGAGAAUAAAGUGUUUUAAAAGAGACAGAAAGAGACAGUUUUCACCCUCCCUGAAGCAAAGGUGUUUUAAAAAGGAUUUAUUGUUGCCAGGUUAGAGCUUGCUUAAUGCCAAGAAGUUGAUGAAGCAGUAGUUUCCCAAAAAAAGUAGUGUAGAUCAGUGGGUUGUUGGUGGAUGCAGGGAUGAAUGAGAGACAAAAGCUGGUGAUGGCCAAACCUGAGGGUCUCAGAAAGGAACCAGCUUGUUAAAAAAGAAUGAGUGUCAUGGGUCUUCAAGGUAUGAAAGGAUGUUCGCAAAGUAUUUAUGGUAAUUUGCUUGGAACAGGCUGUGAAGAUAUUGCUGAUAAUAAUGUCAGUGAAGUUUAUUGUAUUAGAAAUGCACACUGAGUUUAGGUUGAGUCUGUUGGGAGAUAGUUUGACACUUCAAGAAUGGGAGGGCAAGACUGUUAACCAAUUCUGAGAGUGUAGACUUGUGACUACUGAGAGAAGGCACGUUAAACCUGAAAGUGUGUGGUCAAGAAUACACACAUUCAUUGCCAGAAGGCUUUUCUACAGCAUUUCAGUUUAGGUAUGAACAGUGUGGAUUUCUUAUAUAUGUGGCUAUAACAUUUGCAUAAUGAGACUGCUAAUCUGCAUGAGAGUAUGUGUAAUGUGUGUGAAGAGGAUGUACGUUAUUGUGUGAUAUGAAGUUUAUACAUAAUGAAGGAUACUGACUACUCCAGAAAGAGGAAAACUUUGAAAAUCACCUUGACGACAAGCGUGCUUCACCAUUUGAUUCAUGAGCAAUUCUGGUAGUAUUGAACCUUUGUUUGUUAUUGCUAUGCAAAUGCAUUAACAGUACAGAGAUUUUCAUGACAAAAGUGUAACUCUUGUCAUGAUAUUAAAUAAGGCGGUUUAUGCGGUUAAGUGAAUCUUAGUCGCAUACAGGUGGUACGUGUGUUUCUAGGAAUUUGUGCUUGAGAGAUUGGUUAUGCCUCUGUGUGUGUGUGUGUGUGUGUGUGUGUGUGUGUGUGUGUGUGUGUGUGUAUGUGUGUGUCAUCCAGGUAUUGGUCUUUGUAUUUCAGCAGACAGGAGGGUUUCACCUUGGAACUGGUCUUCCAAGGUCGGUAGCUGCCUUCUCAAAUACAAUCAUUAUCAAACACAGAGAGCCAGAGAGCGAGGACGGCAGAGAGGAGACAGAAUUAGGAAGGGAUAAGAGAGAGAGAGAGAGAGAGAGAGAGAGAGAGGGAGAGACUGAAAGAGAGGGAGAUAAGGAAGAGAGGCUAGAAACAGGGGGUGUGUUGGUGGAAUUAUGAGAAGGGACAAGCACAGGGGGGUGGAGAGAGGGAGGAAGGAAGGCAAAGAGAAGAGGAAAUACAAAGGUUGAAAAUUGAGAGUUUAAAGAAAGAGGGAAGGAAGUGAGAGACAAAGAGGAGAGAAUGAGAGAAUGGGAAAAGUGAUGAUAACACUGCUAGAAAACCAAAGAAGACAGAGAUUAAGGUGUGCAUGUGGCUGUGGAUGGAGAUAGAUGUGCUUGUGCUCUGGAUAGAUAAGAGAGUAUGGAGAAGCUGUAGAUUCAGAGAACGAUGGGAGGGAGUGGGGGGAGUUUGUAGAGACUCAUUAAUUCUCUGCAUUAACAUUUUGGAUCUGGAGGCAAUAGGCGACAGAAACUGAUAUGCAAGAAACUGAAUUAUACAUGUAAUGUCAGCAUAGUAAUUACAUUGAAGUAAUGAAGUAUUAUUUGAGGGAGGAACACUGAAUAUUACUAUCUUGUUGGGAGAUAGAAUGCGUCAUACAUGCCUAAUUACACACCUAUAAACGUGUGUGUCCUCUUACUGGAAUAUCAAGUUCUGCUGGUAAAUUUGCCUUUCACUCACAUUAGAUGACCACCACGUUUUUCUAACUUAACUCCCAGACAUAACGUUGUCUUAUGGUCAGGCUGAUCCACUUUGCACACAGCAUGUACGUCCUGAUAAGUGAUCCAAAUUCAUUGUUCAAUUGCAGAUGCAGUCAAAGAUAAUUGAAGUUCACUUGAAGUAGGAUAACUGUUAUCAGUAUCAGUUCCCUUUUGUUAUUUUGGUAACAGCCAUUUGCUCCGAGGCUGGAAGGUCAAUUACCACAGAAAAAAGAGGGGAGACAGAAAAAGCAGACCAAUUAGAAACGAAGACAUAGAUGGAUGGAUGGAUGGAUGGAUGGAUGGAUGGAUGGAUAGAUAGAUAGAUAGAUAGAUAGAUAGAUAGAUAGAUAGAUAGAUAGAUAGAUAGAAAAUAAGGCCUAUGUCGUGCUCAUUUUCCACACAUAUCUCAUGGUCUGAUGAGUCUUAAUCAUGUCUGCAGUUGGUUUUUGUGUUCAGUAUGGAUUCUGUAUGAGGAUCAACAUUGUUGCCCUCCAGAGACAAUUUGUAUUCGUUGGUUUUACAUUUCCUCGGUUUCCCUCUCUGCAUUAUCCCCGGUGUUCAUCUCAAUUGGUUUUAUUGACAUGAAUUUUGACAUGUGUCAACCGAGCACGCUCCAGUAGAUAUUGAUCAGCUUCUCAAUAACUCAAGAUUUCAACCUUCUUUCCUCCUUUUCCUAUUUACUCCCCCUUUCGUUUUCCACUUUCCCUUUAUUCCUCCAUAUUGCCUCUUUUGACAACAUUUUCUCUCCCAAUUCACAUUUCCUCAUCAACCCUUUUCUUGUAUGUUACUGCCACAGUCUCUGCAGGAUUGAGGACGACAAAGGUUGGAUGGAUUGUCAAAAAGUGUCAAGAAAAGAAAUAAUGAAUGGGAAUAGGAUGGAAGAGAUUGACAGUCUGUCUCUGGCAGUAAAGGGGAAGAGUAUUUGUUAUGGCCCAGUUUCUGAUGUGUGUUAUUUUUCUGUGAACCUAGGUCCAUGGGACUAUGUCAACUCAGACUGGCAUGGAUUAGGGGUGGGCGGUGUACCAGUUUUAAUACCAUCACAGAUGUCAGGUUCAGCCAACAAUUCCAUUUUCACUUGUUUAAACAUGCACUUUGAUUUUUGUGAACACACAUUUCAACUCAAGUGUACACGCAAUAGAGAUUUACCUCCCCCAAAACCAAGGCAGCCACGGCGGCGGCGGCGGGUACAAUCAUGAUGUGAUGGAUUGAUUUGUGACCGACAACAACGCCAAAUGAAUCCUGGUCUUUUACUCGUUCCACUCUGAUGCUCAAGAGCAGAGCCUCGCUCUCUCACCAAAGAGCACCAUCUGUCACUUAUGUCUUGGCUAAAAAGAGCAGCUGCAACUGGUUGAGAAUCAGACUUGAUGCCUUUUUAUGACCUUCAAAAGUAGAAGAGGUAAUCAACAGAAUGCUGUUAAUGACCUAUGAUAGUGAUAGUGACAUGUGAUAUCAUAAUUUUCUGCUUUCAGGCACAGACAUGAUUUGAUGACAUCCCAGACUUGUUGAAUGAGAGAAGGGGUCGUAGUGAGUAAAUAUGAGAGUGACCCUUGUUGAUUGUAUUUUUAAUAACCUGGAUUAUGGGAACCAAGAACCUGUUCUGGGCAAGAACUGGUUCCAAAAAAUUCAAGCCAUCACCACCAUUUGCCUUUAUGCUAGUCAUAAACUGUAUAUACUGUGGACAACUUAGCUCCGCCUUCUGCCAGUAUAUGGAUUUAAAACCAAAAAGCUCUCUGUAUUUGCGCGGUUUUUCUCCAUUUCCUGACACCAACAUUGCGCUGUGAUGACGCUCGGCUCAAACAGUGUAUCCCCCGGGUGAGCUACGCAAUCUUCAUACGCUCAUACGCUGUAUCAAGUGUCAAUCAUAGAAAACAUGAACCUCCUUAUAACUAUUACAAAUGGAGCUGUACAGAAAAAAAGAGGACUUUAGCACAAACCAGUUUUAUAAUAACUACAUGUCAACAUCACAAGCAGGGGGGAAAAAAAUUAUGUUCUGUGUAAUUGAUUUAUAAAGUUUGUCCACAGCUCCAUAAGCUUUGCUGGCGGAGGCGGGAUUUAUGACCUAUACUGCAGCCCGUCACCAGAGGGUGCUGUUCUCGGGGUGGCUUCGCCCAGCGAGAAGGCCGACGGCGUCCAUUUUAUUUACAGUCUAUGAUGCUAGUGCCUUCCAUUUAGUCCUGUGUGCCUUCAAAACAAUAAUGUGGCACAUUGUAAGAGGUGGUCAGCAUAAACGAAAAUCAGCAAGUCAAGGAAGUUAUCAUGGUAGACGCUAGGCAGGAGCAGUCCAACCGGCUGUUGAAUACCACAGUAUUUUGUUGUGCUUACAAUUUCAGCUCUAAAAAAUUGUAUGAAUGGUAGAGCUUGAAGGUUAAUACUCUUAAAAUAUAUCUAAUCUGAUUCAAACUAAGCUAAAACAUGCGUCUUUAGUGGACCAUACUGAAAAAAUCAGGUCACAGGCAUAGGUUGUUAAAAUUGACUGUGAUCCUGCAUUUCUUCUUGCCUGUUCAGAGACAAAAUAGAGGGAGUUUUCUUUGGAAAUAAUAAAAUAGUUUAAAGCAAUUUGUUUUUAUUUUGCCUUCCUUAGGACAGCUCGAGAGAGACAGGAAAUGUGGACAGAGAGAGGGAUAUGACAUGCACCAAAUACAACCAGCAUGAGAAGCACUGCAGCCUCUGUACAUGUGGUAUCUGCUUUACCAACUGAGCUUAACUGGCGCCCCAGGCAUAGCUUAUUAGACAUGGAAAAAAAAUCCAACUACUGGCUCUAAAUGGCCCCUAAUCCUCUAUGGUGACCCUCAAGGUCUGUAAGUACUUUUUAUCAAACCAAGUAGGGUUUUUGACUGAGCUACAAACCAACAUUUGAACUCUGUGUUACUUGCAGAGCCAUAAAUCAGCUAACUUGUAAAGGGAUUAACAUAUUUUAAUAAAGCAAAUUAGGAAUUGUAAUGACAACCUUGUGGAUCUUAAAUAAGCUUUGGAGAGACUCUGUUUUUCUUUUACCAGACUAAGGGUAUUCUUAAAUUUUGCGGCCUCAUCCUUACAUUUAGAGACAAAAUUUGAAUCAAUCAUGAGGUUAAUUCUCUUGUCUCUGACUGUCUCUUGAUCGUUGAUUUUUAUUUUUUCCGACAUAGGUAGCACUAACAUCAAUCACCUCCAGCCGUUAUGCAAAUAGAAAAACCUUCUCGCCUGGUGAUGGGAUAUUUUUUAUAUAUAUUCACAAUCUGUGUUCCUCGUCUGUUCAUGUCUGAGUAUGAAUGCAUGUCUCAGAGUGUUUCAUAUCAGCAGUCAUGUUAUUCUGUUACCUGGUUUAACUCUGUGUUUGACACAUUAUAUGUGUUAGUGAGCAUCUGCCUCAGGGUAUUACUUUGUUUGACAGUCAACUGCACAUUGUUUUAGCACCUCAGAUAAUGUAUGGGGUAAUGGUGUUGUUCCUCAGGGUUGAGAGAAAUUUUAAUACGGAGAGGAAUAGAAAGGAUACGCUCCUCAUAUACUGUUUACAGUUUGACUGUUUUGAGAGAAGCUGUGACUGAAGGGAAUUAGGUUUAAAACGAGGGAAAUAGGGUUAAAAGAGGAAAAGAGGAGGAUACAAGGAAAGGGGAGGGAGCCUGUAAUUGCAUGUAUUAGAUCUGAUAAGAGGGACAAGAGGGUGAGGAUGGUAAUUGAGAAGGUUUGGAGAAAAUGUGAGAAAGAGAAGGAAAAGAUGGAUGUGGGGGUGCGGGCGGAAAAGAUGCUCCCUUUUUUGUUAAAUAGAACUGCCAUUUUUGUUGCCAAAAGGAAGGAGCUGUGAGGAUGAGAAGGAGCAUCACAGAGAGCGAGCAGAGAACCCUUCAGUUUCGCACUUGAUUGCAAGUUGUAAAGCUUUGCGGUAUGAAGAGGGAAAUCAAAGCAGAGGAGGGCAGUGAGGGGCAGUAAUGCCAGAAGCAUUGGAGAAGUAGUUUUUUUUUUUACCUCCCAAAAUUUGGAUGUAAGCUCUUUUGUGUUCUUGUUGUCCACAUUCGAGAUUAUAGAUUUAAAUACAGGGAUUAAAGACAAACAUGCUGUUGGAAAAGAGGUAGAGGGUACAAGGGAGUGAAGUACUUCUAUUUUGUAGCAUCAGGCUUCAAACAAACGUAAAUGUGCUGCAGCCAUAAAACUAACCAGUUUACUUCAACAUCUCAAACAGAGGAACACUACAAGUAAGAGGGAAAAAUAUGUCCCACUAAGAGAUUGCCAAAACCCAUACAAUCAAUAAAAGUAGCGAGCAUUGGCAGACUCUUUUUUCCAUUGUUUAGGUAGAGGCAAGAAAGAGUCACAGUGCAAAGCUAUUACCCCUAAAUUUUACAAGAUCUACGUUCAGUCUGUCUCCUCUCCACCCCAGCAGUAAAGCAGAGAGGUUUACCUUGGUCAGUGUGUUUGCUCCCACUCACUCCACUGUGCUGAAUUUCUACAGAAAACCUGAAAAACAUUAAACAUCCAAGUUUUUAGUUGAAGUUGCUUUUUCUCAUCCGUACAACAUGUAGAAUGAUCACUAAACAGCUGGAGUAGAUGACCUUGUAUUAUUCUACAACAGACAUAUUGUCCGGUCAAAUCAUGCAGCCUGACAUGUUUGUUAGUUUUUUUAUUAGCAACAAUCAGGUUCAAAUGACAAAGGUUAGCUAACUGCCCCAACUUGAUACACUUGGGUAAGAGGAUGUUUUAUUGAGUGAUGCUAUUCCAAAUCCCUCAGUUUCAGACUUGUAGGUUACCAGCAAAGAUUCAUACUUUUGCCUCAAUGGGUGUUGUCCAAACCCUGCAACCAAUCCGUAGCAGUCAGUACGUUUACACGACACUAUUGGCUUACUCCGAUUAAGACGGGACAACUGAGGUGCAUGUAAACACCUUUGUCCAACUAUAAUCGGAGCUUGAGAACUCAGAUUGGAGUCGGAGACACCCAGAUAAUGCAAUUGGAAUUCGAUUUUCUCUUCCAUGUAACCAGCAUAGUCAGAGUAUGAUCGGACGAUGCAUGAGCGCGUACGCCACGCCUCCAUAACCCUGGAACAAAAACACCAGAGAAGAAGUGACACUAUAAUUUAAAGAACUUUCUGCUCAGAAGCAACUGCAACAUGGCUGAAGCACGAAAGAAUGUCCACUUUUGGAAUGACAAGGAGAGUGCAAAGGGAGGAACGUAGACAUCUUUAAAAAAUGUCUGGAAACAGCGCCGCUGAAAAGACCCAUAUUGCCCCCUAGUUUUGGGGAGGAGGACACGUUCAUGUCAAUAAUUCGAUUUUCUCAGCUGCAUGUAUACGCAGACAAGGAGAGAAGUAUGAGCUUAGUGCGUUUACAUGCACAGCUUAAUCGGACUGAGUGUCAUAAUGCAUCUUUCACCACAUGACUUGAAACGGGAACAUGAACACGGAGAAGAGUGCUUAUAUUGCUCGUGUCAACACAAAGAACACAGACCUUGAAGUGGUGGUUGUGAUCCAUAUGUCAUCUUGCUUGCACUAUAUCACGGUGAACCAUGUUUGCCAGAGACUCGCUUGUUUAUAGUGAUUUAAAAGAAAUAUGAGCUCAACACCAUGUGAUCCGUUCUGUGCGCUCUAACGUGUGUGUUUCAUUGUUCGCCGGAAAGCGUCCUGCGAAGUCAAGGUAAUUUGUGGUGUAGUAGUGAGGAGGAGGAGACGGACUGACAUCUAUUUUGUUUAGCUGUAGCCUAGAGUGGAUCUCAAAACUGAUGAAUGUGUAUAAGUGUGUGUGGGUGGGUUUUUGUUUUGGUAAGAUUUGAACACAAGUGUGUAUUUGUAUGUGUGUUUGAGAGUGUGCUGGUAACGUAAAGUAGCGUGGAGAGCGUGCGUGUGCUGAAACCAAGCGAUUUAGCGACACAUGAAAGGCUUACUGAGCAAUAGAGAGAGAGAGAGAGACGUCUCACACAUAAAUCCCUGAUGAGACCAGAGUGAAGUAGGUUACAAGCUUUAUCGAUUUCGAUGACGGUAACUGUAUGAAAGUGUGUGUGAGUGGGUGUGUGCGACAGGGAAGGAUGGUCUGUACCAUCUGUCUUCCAAUCCUCUCACUAAGACACUAAUUACAGGACUUUACACUUUGCUCCACCACACUCAUCACUGGCCUGACCACAUACACACACACUGAGAUGCACCAGCAGUCAGGGGUCGUGAGACUUCCUCUUUUAGAGUGCAUUUCCCCUCCCUCUUUAUUUCCUCAGACUCCUCUUUUGCCACGGCGCCAGCGCUCCCUCUUUUCCCUCAGCUGCACACCCUGCUCAUUUAUUUUUCUGUCACUUUUCCAAAUGUUUUUUUUUCUGUCACUUCCUCUCCUUUGACCUCUUCUUCUACUCAUCAGAGAUGAAGCGGAGCUCAAACGAUCAGCGCCCAAUUAGACCUCAUUCUAUUAUUGAUUACACCAUCAGUAAUAGGGAGCAUACAUAAGAAGUCAUAGCAACCUCACUGUGGGUACAAGAAGGGGGAAAACUGCUUAAAAAAAACAGUGGGAAAGAGAUGUCUUUAAUCUUUUCUUCAGUCAACUCACAGAAAGACAUGAGAUAAAAGGGAGAGAAGGAGAGACAUUAAAGAGGGGAAUCCUAUCAUGUUCUUUGCCAGUGUGUACAACCCUUCAUUAGCAUAAAUUCCAGGUCACCCACUUUCUCUGGCAAAGAAAUGGGUGCCACAGUGGGGAGACUCGUUCUCUGACAUAAAUUUGAGCAUUUAUGAGUAGCACUGUAGUGAGUGAUUUACUGCAUUGGGCAUACUUUGAAAAUCAGAAGGGACAUUUUUUAAACUGUUUUCAUUUAGAUAAGGGAGAAUUAAAAAAAAAAACUGAUAAAACAUUCCCGAAUCGACUCAGUGAUCCUUGUAAUUAUUAUCGCUUCAUCUCCAUCUAUUUGUACUGACAUUUAUCGAUGUUUCUUCCACUUUCACAAAGCUAAAUGAGUCAUUUAAAACAAAAACAAACAAAUUAAAUUCCCUCAUCCUUAUCUUUUUCAGGCAACUAUGGUGAGAGUGGGAUGGAAGCAUUCAAGGACAUGGCGGCCAAGGAGGGCAUCUGUAUUGCUCACUCUGGUAAGAUAAUAAGGUUAACACAACUACAGUGAAAUAACCUUAGACUGUAUAUACUAUGGACAACUUGGUCCUGCCUUCCACCAGUAUACGGAUUUGAAGCCGAAAAGCUCUUGGUAUUCCCGCAUUUUUUCUCUAUUUCCUGAAACCAACAUUGCGCAGUAGCGUUGUAUGCACUCCACCAUUGUGCAGUAGCUGAGAGUCGCUGUGAUGACGCUCGGCUCAAACAGCGUAUCCCCCGGGUGAGCUACGCAAUCCUUAUGCCCAUAGGCUGUAUCAAGUGUCAAUCAUAGAAAACAUGAACCCCCUAAUAACUUUUAAAAACGGAGCUGUACAGAAAAAAGAGGACUUGAGCACAAACCAGUCUAACAAUAACUACGUGUCAAUAUCGCAAACAGGGGGAAAAAGUACAUUUCUGUGUAUUAAAUUUCCAAAGUUUGGCCUCAGCCCCAUAAGCUUUGCUGGCAGAGACGGGAUUUAUGACCUAUACUGCAGCCCGUCACCAGAGGGUGCUGUUCUCGAAGUGGCUUCACCCAGCUAGGAGGCAGAGCUGUCUAUUAGCACUAAAAUUGUUGUCAAAAACAUCACAGCAACAGCAGUUAAGAUAAACUUACCUGUUGUCUCAGCAUACGCAGAUCUAAAAAAAGGUAGACACAUACUUUACGGUGUAUCGACAAUGAAGUUUCAUGUUUCACACUUCACACUGUUGUCAGUCUGAGCACCUGAGCGUUGUGAAACUAUAAAAGAGACAAACUGUAACAGAAAAUAAUUUGAACCACAACUCUAAACAACAACAAAUAAAGAAACUAAGAUAACUGAGAUGUCACAGUCCAUGUUUUCAUUUUUCUGACAUGUUUUCUUUCCAGGCAAAAUCUGGAGCAAUGCCGGAGAGCAGAGCUUUGACCGGCUGCUGGAGAGACUGAGGGCCCACCUGCCAAAGGCCAGAGUGGUGGCCUGCUUCUGUGAGGGCAUGACUGUCCGCAACAUCUUAAUGGCCAUGAGACGCCAGGGACUGGUAGGAGAGUUCCUACUCAUCGGCAGGUCAGUGAGGACAUGUUUGACUGUACGAUGUUGAGCAGUUACAUUUAUGAUAGAGUGGUUUCCCCAGGAAAAUUUACAUAAUUACUGAAUCUAUCUAGUUAAGAUGUGUCAACAGGCUCUUCUAUCUUCUGUUCUAGAUAUAUCAAUACUUGUGUUUUAAUUUAUGACAUCUUCAGAAGGUUGGAUUAGUGAGAACAGUAAAGAUUGUUUUGCAUAUUGGUGUGCACUGCGUUACAAAGCGAGGCAGCUGUACUCAAACUGCAUGAUCCAUUUGGGAGUUUAGCCACUGGAUGUUUGUGAGGGCAGAUGGAGAAGCAGAGCUUUAUCUCUGCACUGCAAAAUAUCCCUCUUACAAGACCGGGUGGUAAUAAACAUAGAGAAGUUAACAAUUCUAGGCAAAUUAUUUGCAUGAAAUAUGCAUCCAGCUAGAGACAGCCAAACUUCAAGUUAAUUCUGCUUGGUAUUUGUCCUGCAGUUCUGCUUUCUACAAAUUUUCUCAAAUGUAACUGUGACUCAUUGUGCCAUUUGCCCGAAGCAUUAAAAACAAAAUAGUUUUUUGUUUUUUUCCUACUGAAUAGAUACAAUCAAAUAAACUCAGAGACAUUUUAGAUUCUGUAUAUUCAUAAGACUUCACACAAAUAAACUAUAUUCAGAAAUUUUGAGGUGGCUUUCACACACAACUUUGAGAACACAUCACUAAAAUACACAAAACCUCCCAUCUUUUUUUGGAUCUGCGUCUUUGCAUAUGUACAUGCGUGCGUUUUCAUGUGUGGAAAGUAUAGGAACUUGCCUCUAUACUAUUUUCUUGUUGCCUCGACAACCGGGUAAUAAAUAUUCAAUGAGGGGAGAAAAACGGCUUUUGAAUACAUUGAAACUGUCAUCAUGUGACCAUUAAAUGUCACAAAUGCAUUUCUGUUGUACUCUCCCUACAGUGACCUGCGCUGUGUAACUGAAUAGUAGCCUUUUUGUUGUCAUCGCCACCAUGAUGCUCAUUAUCACCACCCACAUCCUCUCAUAAUCAUCCUCAUCCACAUCAUCGUCAUUCUGCUGAGAGUCAGGUAAAGUAAAAACUAUAAUCUCAUAUGCUGCACAAUUUAUUCAAAUGAGUCAAAUAGGUUAACGGAAACAAGAGUAAGAGGGGUGGAUCAGCUGACAUUGGAUAUUAUAUCAUAGGUUGAAACAUUUUUAUUAUAUCUAUCCAUAAUACAGAGGGUUUGAUAAAUGGUGUCAAUUCAAAUGAUAUCACACACCAACACGUCUAUUUCGAGUGUUUGCCUGAGGCCACUAAAAAGAGGAAAAGCCCACAACUGUGUUCUCCCUCAGCUGACAAUUACUGUGAAUUCUGCCUUUGAGCAAAACACUUAAUGUCCAACUAGUCCAGUGGAGCUGCUCGAUAGUUACCAAAGGGAGUAAAAGGAAGGUCCCAAAUGUGAAUAUCAAAAAGGAAUAAAAGUCAGACUGGGAAGAUAAACAGAUCAUCUUAACUAGUUAGGAUUUUAACCUGAGGUUUGUUUUCUAACAGAGAUGGCUUUGACUUAAAGAGUGAACCUAUUUUGAGGUUUUAAUGUUUUAAAAAUGAGUCAAGGAUCCUUAUUCUUGUCACUGGCUUCUCAAUGUCGUGCAGGGGGGAGGGGGGAUCAUGGACAUGUUGGAGCAGCUGGAUAACACAUGGCUUAACUCUGUCCCAGGACAAUAGUGACAUUAGCAGUGACACCCACCAGAGAUCAUAGAAAGAACAUUUCCAACGAGAGAAGUGAAAACAUUGAAGGAUUUACCCUGACUAUCCACAGGAUUAUAACACCUGAACAGUCUAAUGCAAUCCAGUCCAGCAGCUCUACCAAAAAUUCUAGUGUUCAUCGUGUUAAAGCUGGUGUAGGCUAUAAAACAAAUUGAUCAAUUUAAAAGAAAGAUGAAAUCAAAAUGUGAUAUUGAUCCUGAAUUAUGGGCUUGAUAACCGGCAGUUAAAUUAAAUCAGCAGUUUUCUGAAAUUAUUCGAGUCCAUUAUGACACCAGUAGAAGUCUCUCUCCCUUAUUUAACACUUUUUGGUCAUUUGUCACAAUCAUAUAUCUUGAACUAAGUGAGAAAGCAUUUAAAUCAUCCAUCGCUCUGAAAUUAUUUGGCUCUAAUUAUGUGAGGGAAGUAGUUUCUAAUGGUGAAGAUCUCAAUGGUCUGUUAAAAUGGAUAUUUUUGCUGUGUAUUAGUCGGCCUCCUGCUUCUCAGAUUUGUUAAAUAUCAGCCCUCUGCAGCGGCUGUAAGCAUUAACAGAUUGUAGUUGUAAAUUGGAGAUGGUCAUGGGUCAGUGAAGGUCUCACUGAAGGUCUACGAGGAAGGAGCUUGUGAUUAGCUCAACCAAUCAGAGACAAGUCCAACAUGAGGAUGAUUACAUGACCGGAAGAGCAUACAAAUGAUUAUCCAGUUACCCCAGGCAGAUCAAGUCAUUGAUAGUUUAAGACUCCAUCUCCACUUCCCAGCUUUGCAUUUUCUUACUGUUGAGAUUGUUCCUUGUGCUUCAAGACACUUUUAAGAUUGUAAAAAUUUGGAUACUCUGAUAGUUAAAACUUACAAAAUGUUUGAUUUUAAUAUUUGAUUGUAUAGCAAAGGUAUGACGCUUAUGUUAAAAAUAAACAGUCAUGUUGUGGCGGGUGAAUCACAGAAAGAGUAAAUAAGCAGGGUUGGUCGGUGAGAGUGGUGGUAAGCAAUGCAGCGAAACUGAAGAGUUCCAAGUUGUUUUGUGCCUGAUUUACUUUGCUUGCAGCUGCAGUCACAUUUCUGUUUUCUUUCUUUCUGCUGUGUGUCUCUCUGCUCCAUUUACUGAAACAGAGAUGGCAAAUACUGCAAAGAUCUGAGUAGAGAUCUGUAAGCAGAGAAAGAGACAGUGAUAUAACCUGCUCCCUGUACAUUUUCUGUUAGUCCUGACCUGUGAACUGUUGACACCAGAGUAUGAUGACCCUUGACUGGAAAAUGACCAAGUUAUUAGCAAAACUAAACACAGCAUUUACGCACACUUACCCUUACCUCUUCUGGAUAAAAACUGAGGAAUCAAAAAUAGAUAUUUUAUUUUGUUUGUGCUUUAUUUUUGGGACAAAAAUGAUUUAUUUUGUUUUUUUAUCACUAUCAGCAGGAAAUCAAGUAUUGGUCUACUUUUAGUGACUCUCUCUUCACCAGUACUACAUGCAGGUUGAAAAAGAAAAUCAACAAAAUUAAAACAAACUUACAAAAAGUCACUGAGGCUGUAAUAACAUUAACUUAGACUGUCAAUAAAUUCAGUUUCAGCAAAGGAAAUAAUUGCUGUUAUGUUAUGAUUGAACUAAAUGUACAUCUUUUUUUGGAGGGGCCCAGAAAUGAAACAGUUUUUAAGAAUGAAAAAUAACAAACGCACUUAUAACAAUCAGCAGUUGUGUUAAUUCAUACAAUUAAUCGAUGCAAUGCAGCAGAUACUCACUAAAUGCCUAAUUAUUUGUUUAUAUCAGGCCAAUAUCUGUCAUCAGGUGAGUAAUGGCCGAAAGCACAAAUAUGAAUUUCAGAUAAAGGAGGACUAAUGUAAGUAAAGUGUGAGUGCAUCUCAACACUUCUCUUCUCAACACAGCAUCAAAAUGAGUUAUUAAAAGAUGACCUAAUAUCAAACUAUACUGAUACCUGUGUCGAUACCAUGACAACAAGAAGUGAGCUCCUGUGCACCCAACUGGUUAAAAUGAAGGGUUAAUCUGGUACCUGGGCCAGAUUGGGGCCAAUUUAUUAUUCAGAUCAGAUGUAGUACUUCUGUUUCUUCGAGAAAUAAUCCUAAAAACCUGCAAAAACAGGUCCUGGGGCAAACUAUCACAUCACGAGAAAAGAAAAAUAUGUCAGUCACACACACACACACACACACACACACACACACACACACACACACACACACACACACACACACACACACACACACACACACACACACACACAGAGUCUGGAUUUGGAGUCGGGUGUAUUGAUUGCUUCUGUCCUAUAAUUCCUCAUGGUGCCAGCAGGCUACAGACCCACUAAUGAAUAGCUGGGCUGAGAUAAAUAUCUGUAGCCUCCUGGGAUGGACAAAUACACCCCACACUUACACAUCUACACAUCUAUGCAUAUGCAACUACAUACCUGAACACAAUCAAAGUGCUCUAUUAUCAUAAUGUUUCCCUUGAAUUAACUCAAAUCAGAUAUCAUGAAUGACGGACUCAAAUAAUUCUGUUUCUGCUGCCACUUGUAAAAUGUUACAGUCCCUCCUCCAAUAUUUUGCAGCCAUCCAUAAGAACCCGACCUAUAAAUAAAUACACAUUGUGUUUGAAGAAAAAUGGGCUGAUGCACUGCCCGGUCCUGCUAUAAAUUCUAAUCCCGACAAUGCAGGACAGCCAGUGGUAAUAGCUAUGACUUAUAAAGUUGACUUAACAGCAACAGCAUCUCUAUAUUUUAUGGUCGCCCAUUAUGGUCUGAAAUAUGUUUUCCUCCCAAGCAACCUAUUAUGUCUUACUGUAAACCCCAUAAGCGCUUUUUAAAAAUGGUUGUUUUUCUAACCUGGAACCAAUUUCAGGGACAAUGUCUGUUCUGGAUAUGAAGAAGCUGCUAGACAAAAAGCUAAAACAUUAGUCUGCAGAUAAAAAUAAAAAAAUGUAUCAUGAACACAUGAAGUUAAUAUCAAUGUAUGUACUAUUUAAACCACAAAUGCAUGGUAGCGUAAUUCUAUUCAGCCUAUAAAUGCAAACAAGGCAUUUUUCUGUGAUUUCACUAGACGCACAUAUUCAGACUGUGCCGAAACAGUGACUGUACUGGUGAAUAGACUGGAAGAGAAUAGUUUGAAUCAAAAGUCAAAGAAAGGAGACUCUCUUUGGAGAUCCUCCAGCACAAGUCUGCACCCUUCUGCCUGCUGUUGCCAUGGAAAUAUCCCCUACCAUAUUUGGAUGAAUUCAGCACAGCAGCUGUGGUGAAAUGUGGCGCAUGCGCACGGAUUUAUGUGAAUGGCUGUGUGCAUGCGUGGGUGCAUUUAUAACUGUGCAUGCGACUGCCAGGGAAUGUGUACUGUAUGCUGUGUUUUUACGACGUAUUUAUUAUCAAUUAAACCAUUCAAUAGAAAAAGAGGAAGGGAUAAAUCAUCUUGCUAAGGGCAGCAUUUGAUAUGUUUCUCAUGUAUUUCACACUGUCCUUCAGUUGUAUUCUCCUUUCCUUCAUUAUCAAUUACACCAUUUAUCCAUUUCCCCAUAUUUUUUGUUUCCUCAUCUUGUCUUCUUUCUGUCAAGCUACUCAGCUAGAAAGCAUGUGAUGCAUCAGAACAGAGACCCUGAACUGAUCGUUCAACACAGGUCGGACCCCUGCAGUGUUUCACUUAUGCCACAGCUGUCUGUUAAAGCCGCAUCUUCUCGUGAAUUCAAAUCAAAAGACUUUGAAUCAGAGGGGUUAAGCGGCAUCUCGAGGCAAAACAUCUGAGUGACUCUAGAUGUCUCAAAGCUGCGCGCCUUUGAAAUUGAUUUUCAGUGGUUUGUACACCUGCAUUGUGGUGAGAGGAGAUCAAAGCCGUGGUGGAGCCUGAGCGGGAAAAACCAUGUGGGGAGGGGCAGGAAAGCUGUAGAAAGGCAAGUAACAGGAAUAAAAAAAGAUAGAGGAUGAUUGGAAAGGUUAGAGAUUAGCAGUGGAGGGCAGACGGCGUGUUUGUGCGUGUGUGUGUGCAUUUGGCGCGCAUGUGUGUGUGUGUGACAUUCAGAUACCCGUUUAAGAAAUGAUUUCAUAUCAGACAAAAAAGUAAAUCUCAGUGUAGGACAGAAAUGUACCAGUCACCGCUGUAUUUGGGACAACACAUACGAACACACAGAGUUGCAGCUCACACCCAAAUGCACUUUCCAGACACACAAACCAAGUCUACUCCUGUUUGUGAGUCGGUAUGGGCUUGUGUUAUGUCUUCUAGUUUCAUGUUAAUUAACCCUCGAUUGAAACAAGAGGAGCUUCGUGUCAUUUAAUUGGCAAAAUGAUGUAAAUUAAUUCUGCUUUGCCUUUUCAUAGCUUUGCAAUAAAAGACUGCAUGAAAUUAAACACAGGGGAAUACACACAAGGGAGGAUGAUGGAUAAGGGGGGGCAGAAAAAACUCAUUCACUGAUAUGUAGGUGUGUAUUUCUCAGAUAGUGCACUGCAAGUGUGAGUUUGUCUGCAUAGCAGUAAGUGCAUUUUUGAUAUGAGACAAAGUGACUGUGUGUGUUUCAGUCUAGUGAGUGAUUGAUUUCUCUGCGGUGUGUGUCUCAGAGGUAAAGACGACAAAAUCAGUAGAUGUCUGCAGCUCUAUGGCUUCCCUGUGGAGACUUUUAACAACAGGACACACAGACAUGCAUGUUUACAUACUGUGUACUGCGUGUUUUUAGCGAAUGAUUCUAUGUGAGUUAACUGUACAAAGAGGUUACUUUGAAUUUGGUUUAAAAAGCUGAGAUGGCAAAAUCUUAUCUUUUACAGUCUGGACAAAAGCCUCUAUUUUUGGGACGAGGGAUGUUGGUCUCUCCCAUAGACUGUAUAUACUAUGGACAACUUGGUUCCGCCCUCCGCCAGUAUACAGAUUUGAAGCCAAAAAGCUCUCUGUAUUUUCAGGUUUUUACUCUAUUUCCUAAAACUAAUAUUGCGCAGUAGUAUCUUACUUAAUAUCUCAAGCAGGGGUGAGAAAAAUUAUAUUCUGUGUUGUCUACAAUUCAGUUUGUUUAGGUUUAAGGAUAUUGAUAAUUUCAUCUCAAGUAAACUUUAAUUUAUAUAGUUCAAAAUAACAUCCUUGUGUUUAUUAUAGAGUCAAAAGACUUGGUCUACUGUACAAACUGGAUAAUGAUAAUAAUAACAAAUAUAGUGAAAGCGUUAUCACAUCCAGGCUCAGGUGUCUCGGGAAUAUUUUGGGUGAGAAAUAUGAAAAUUUGUUAUCUAAUAGAAAUCUUGGCUUCUCUGCACGUCUAUUCACAGACUUUUUUAAAGUCCCACAAGCUUUUAAAAAUGAGCAUUUAUUUGUUUUCCAAAUUAGAAAAAUUAUAGUAUACAAAUAAAAAGUAGGCUGAAACUUGAUAGCAGUAUGAAAGGAAAAGGUCAAUAUCUGAGUCUCACAGAAUUCAGAAAAACACCGCAAACCAGCUCUGUCACUGCUCUAUUGACUGGUCUAUUGACUGGUCUGUGUGACAUUUUACCAAUCCAGGGUGCUGUAGAUGGAUGCACUCAGGUCUUCAAUGUUUGAAUCAGUAAACGAUAUUGAUUGGUUGAUCUUUACUCCCUUGGUUAGGACUGUUUGUGUUUUCACGGAGAAUCAGAAGCACUGUCUCUAAUUUACCCCACACUCCACGCUUACCAAGGUUUGAAGCAGUUAAUGAGCAGAUACUUAUAAAUAUUUAAAAUGAGGCAAUUUUGUCAGCGGGUCAAUUAAGUUGUUUCUGUUAUAAUACUGGGGAUUGAUCCGUAGAGAUUGUUAUGUCUGCCUUGGCCGCAGUUGUACUUUGUUCUGUAACACAAACAAUCUCUUUCACUUUUCACUGUGUCAGGAAGAAAAACAGUUGCCCCCACAAAAAUAAAUGCUGACCCAGCAGAGAGGGAACAUGUUUUAUUGAGAAUUUUGUCCAACUUUGAACUCCUUUGCUGUCUGACAACAUCCACACAGCUUAAACCUUUGUGGGCUGCAGUUUAUGCUGACAGGUCCGACCUCGCAGCACCGCUCAACCCGCAGAUAGACUCGGGGCAUUUGUCGAUCAUGGAAUGUUUCUUUCAUAUCACUUGGAGUUCAUGAGAAAUAUAAAAUAAACAGUGAUAUUUAAUUGUUUUGUAUGGAGUUAUAAUUAUACAGUUGAGAAGAAGCAUUUUUUCAGCACCAGACUUUUAAUUCUUUCUCAUUUUCAGUGACAUUUUUGUACCUGCUGAACAAAACUUGAAACUGUAUUUCGUUCAAGGUUGCGUACAACCUCUUUGAUUUGGGUUGCUUUAAGGUAAAAACUUCACUGGUUGGGCCCCACUGGUCUGAUUCUUGAUGGUUCCUCUUCAAGCCAUUCAAAGUCUUACUCAUAACUGAUUUAGCUGACUUACACCGACUGUUCUUUCCGAUGUCUUCUCAAACUACAGAUCAAGAGAAUGCCAAGUGGUCUGGCCAACCAUUGAGGAAAAUUUAUCCUAAAAUUAACAAAAAAAGUACAAGAAAUGUCUUUAUAAAAUCCAAAUAUAAUUCUGAUAUUAUGGUGGUAUUGUUUGAUUUUAACGGUAAAGGAGCAAUCACCUUUUGUCUGAGGACAGAAUCAUUAAUAAAACUUCCGUUUGCUGUUGCUAUUGGCGUUCUUUUGUUGGCAUAAGAAGAAAGUUUUAAAGCGGAGAGCCUCGGAUGUCUUUCUUCCUUGGUGUCAAAAGCAUCAACCACAUAUCAAAGGAUUCUUUCAGUAAGUUUAUGUCUCCACAGUAUGAAUCCCACUGAAAGUUACCAUGACUUUCAUUUUUUGUCAUCAAACUUCAUGAGGUCCUCUAAGACAGCCGAUCAAAAGGCUGCUGAACUGAAACCACCUCCUAAUAUCAAAGAAGAUUGUAUUCAGCACACAGGUGUUGCUGUCAGUAACUGUCUUUUCCCCUCCUGUUCCUUUCUUUGUGACAUUUCACUUUUCUUUCGUCCUGUCAUUACCCUUCAGAGUUUCCUUUCUGGUGUCUGUGUUUAACUUAAAGAGGGAAGGUCUCAUCAUGAAUGUUUCAGAGGGAGGUCUCUGUAAAUCUAGCACAACAGCUUUCCUUUGUUGCUCAAGCCUCAAAAAUACUAUGAGCUACUGAAUCCAUAGCUGUAUACAACACAGGUUUUUGUUCACUAGAUUAUAGAACACAACAUUUAAAGAACAGCUUUAUUAUAAAUACAAUAGCCUCAUAUCCUCUGAAUUAAAAUUACUUCUGUCAUACUUUGCAUAAUACAAAUCUCAGUCUUUCAAGUCCAAACUGCUCUGAAAUGCAUUAAAGAAGACUUAAUUUAGGAGUUUUUGACCACAAUUCUCCAUAACAUUAUGCAAAUGUAUCUGUUCGCACUCUGCAGAAUGCUGUACAUCACUUUGUCUCCAAAGUCAGUGAAACAACUGAGAAAGAAGUUUUGCUGCUGGUGGUUGUGUAUAUGUUUUGCUGCCCAUGUGGAGAUGUUGGUAAUUUCAGUGUUUUGUCAUAGUCGGCUAAAGACACUCUUGGUUGGAGCUUUGAAAAGCUUAGAAAUAUCUUUCAUGUCACAUUCAACGGACAUUUGAGAGGUGUUUCUUUCACGUUUAAAGUGAAAGAUGUCAGGUUGACGCUACAUAAACUAUAGAAACACUUUUAGGAAUAAGAACUUACAAUUUAUACUUUUAUUAUACAACAAGAAAGAGACUGAUGAUUGCAAUUCUUUUCAGCUUUAUGAUAGUCAUGAUUAAAUACCAUACAAUUUUCAGCAAAAUUGAAAAGAUAGCUCUCUCUCUUUCUCUCGCUCUCUCUCACUACUGCAAGAAUCAGUCUGAUUUCUGCGUGUUAGCUCAGCUGACAGUCAGCUGUUUUACAGGAAGAAACAUUGGUGAUUUUACAACAAAACAAGUGAUCUCUGGAAAAUUAGGUACAAUGAAUAGUCUCAGAGUCUGUUGACAGGGAAUUAUAAGGUUUUCCAUAUGUAGGGCAGACCUACAGGCACACACAUACACACAAACACACACACUUAGCCUCUGCCAAUGUUGUGUAGACACACAAAUGCACUAAUGCAAAUCUAUGCAAUCAUAAACACCUGUAUUAUGCUGCAUGUUGGGUUGGCAGUAUACAAAAAAUAUGCAUGUGUAUAAUCCACACACACACACACACAUGUAGGCAUGGUCUGACACACAAACACAUCUACAUACACAUAUUCAUCCUCUUAUUGCUCUCACAGGGAAUGGCCUCAUCCUCUUACAGCACUCCAAUGGGAAAAGUGCUGCGAAUUAGAGGGGGUAGGAGGUGGAGACAGACAGACAGGCAGGAGACACGGGGCACAGCAACAGUAGCAAAAAAAAAAAAAAGGACGUAGAAAGGAGGUUAUCCACAGUAAAUAUCUGUCUGUGCUCGCCUGAAUGUGUGUUUCUGAAUCGGUGUGUUGGUACAACAAACUAGGUUAUUUGCGCAGUUUGUCCGUUAGAAGUUCUCAGUUUGGCAUUUUGCUGCUCAUUUUUUGAGAUUUACACUGUGGGAUUAAACCCACUGUUACGUCAGUGGCUCAGCAGACUCAAAUACACACUCACAAGUCGACACAUAUACACACACACACACACUCGCAGAUACACACAAAAUAAAGGUUUUAUAGUUGCUGAUAUAGUAAUGACACAAAAUGAAAAGGGUUCUCUUUGUUUUUGAUUUUUGGGUUUUUGUCAUUUUUGGAUGUUUUAUCCUCUGGACAUCACUUCAUUCAUCUGUACUCUUUGUACUUUGCUGGCAUGGUUUGAGACAAAUUGAGGAAAACAAAGCUCUCAUAAAUAACCUCUUAAGUUUGCUGUCAGUAUUCUUCAUGCCCUCCUACUGUGUCCAAUUUCAUCCUUCAUUUUCUCUUCUGUAUUUAAUCUUGAUCAUGUGAAGCACUUUUUCAGCCUUUUUUUUUUUUAUUUUUCCUGGAAAUGCAUUUGCUUCUCAUCAGUCACUUAUUUGAAAAGCUGCCUGUAAUGAGAAGCCUCACUGUCUCUUGAAAUGUAACGACAGGGAAUGAAUAGGCCUCUUAAUUUAGCUCAGACUCUGAGCCAGGCAAAUGUAAUUAAGAAAAAUAUGAACUGUGAUGAUGGACAAAGACAUGACAGACCCCUGGUUACCUGGAAGAUGUGAAUAUAUCCAAAAAUUGAAGCUGCAGAAGAUAAAGUGUGAUACCGUAGUAUGAAACACUCAACGCUUUUUUAUGUGAAGAGUCAGUUAAAACCCUUUGUGCCCUGGAAAGUCUGAGCCUUUUCAACAUACUGGGAGCAGUGGAUGGCUUACAGUUUUCAAGAUGGAUAAGAAGUCGUCAAGUAUAACAGUGACAGAAACUUCUUAACAUUCCCUCUUGCACCACAUCAGCACCAACAAAAAUCGUUGUUCAAGUCCCACUUCGAUUGUUAUUUUUUACUACUUGAAGUGUUCUCAGUGGUCUUUAAAUUGUGAUGUUGUUGUUUUGACCAAAAAUCGCAUUACAUGUGUCAUUUCCAAAGGCUUUUCUUCUGCAGAGGUCCAGUAGCUCGUUAGCAAUUCGCCUCUGAGUCGUGGGCGGAGACAGCACUGCUCUGCACACUCGUCUUCACGCUAGCUUGCAGCCUAACACUGCCAGUGUCGUAGAAGUGGCAGGUAACAUACGAGCUAUUCAGCUCUCGGACACUUCUGCCUUUAGGGACACGAUGAAAGCUAAUAUAAUUAGCUUUCUUACGAGCAUUGCAGUCUGCGAACGCACACGCUUGUUCCGUGAUCGUCCUCUGUAUUUUUCCUCUAUAUGCAGAGUAUUGAAUUUCACAUUUAGUUUUCUCAUGAUGUGUCCUGUAGCGUCAGAAAAAUGCCAUAUGAACAUAUAAAAAACAAGAAAAACAUGAUUUUCAUCAGAGUGGGUCUUUAAAUGAAAUCGUUAUUUCAUUGUGAAAUGUACUAAUGUCUUUGGAUUUACUGUUUAUUGUCUCCACAAAGACACUGAAGCCUUAGUUUGGAUCAGGAAGGAAAGGGAAACUGUCAUACUGUGGAGCCUUGCUAGAGCUGAACAGCCUGGUGACUCGUCAAUACCCAAGGGGAAAAAGAGUGAUUGGUUUUAAUUUGCAGAGUAGUCACAGAGUUAAGGGUGAAGCAAUAGGUUGAAAUUGCCUCAGUUGUCGGAAUCGAAAAACGGCAGCUCUCUAGAGGAACUGCUUGAUACUACCAGCAGGCUCUCCUUUUUCAGACAUGCCACAUCGUUGGUCUGUUUUGUGAUGAUCUUGUCAUUUUGGGUCGUAACUUUCUCUUUUCUUUUAUGAGAUAAAGAAGGCAAUGAUAACAGACAGCUUCAACUUAUCAAGGGCUUUAAAUCUGGCAUUGUAAAGCGGCUUAAACUUGAUUUACCAAAAAACAUAAACUUGAAUCAUAAAAAAGAAGGAAAAGAGGUGGAACAGGGGGUUUAUAGCCUGCUGAUGUACAUCUUCUAAAGGAGGUUUUAAGGCUAGUAAAUGGAUGAGGUGUCGGCGACUGUAAACUUAAGUGGAUUGAAAGUUUGAUUUUUCUGUCUGAAACUUGGUUGACUGAUGGCACUGCUGCCCUAUAUGUGAAACUGAUUUCCAAUACACUGCAGGAGUGUUGCUGCGUUUGCUGAAGAGGUGUUUUUUUUGAAGAAUAGAAAAGAUGUCAAGGGCCUUUCUUUAAAAUCCUGUACACCCUGUUGUGUUUUGCUCAGCGCCAAACCCUUUCACACAGAGACUUGGGACAGUUUCUAGACUUUCAAAGGGAUAUUCCGGUGUAAGAUUAAUUUAGGGUCAAACACACCGUAACACUGGGUUACACACCCCAUGGAGAGAUGAAUGUUAUACCAAUUUUAGUAACAACCACAUUAUCCCAUUACACAGCGAUCUCAGGAACCACACACAAACCUCAACCAAAACGCCACUCUAUAGCCACAAAUAAUGCUCAGAACAGCACCUAACUUCAUCAAUAGUACAUAUAGGGUCCCAGCCACAGCACUAGCCACCAAACAUCUUUUUAACUUUGCCUAAUUUCUUGAGUAAAGAGACUAAACACAACUCAUCCACUUUCUUUCAGCAGCCAUUUGUUUGCAGCGAGACCUGAGGCCAGUCCAUUACAGACUACAGCGGGGUGACACAGCUCAAGGAAGGACAUUUAUGAUCAUUAUUUUAUUAUUUUCUUGAAGUUAUAACCAUCAUAUUAAUCAUUUUGCACUGCAGACACGUUAGUUCUUCUGCUUUAGCAUCUUGGUCUGAUUGCAUUUCCAUUAAGAAAUGAUCAUAAAUGUUCUUCCUUGAGCUGCGCCACCCCACUGUAGUCCGUAAUGGACUGGCCCAAGUCCAUUUUAGGCCGGAAUAGCUCAACAGACUUGUCCUGACAAGCGGGCAGCUAACAAUCAUUUUAAACACUUUGAUUUUGAUUAGGUUGACCAAGGACCUUAUAAUCAGGCAAUGUUAAACACAUUAAACUGUGACUCAUGGGCAAUUUUCUAUAAUUAGUAAUUACACCUGUGUUGGGUUACUUCCUAAAAGUGUCAAACAACCUGACUGCCAUCAAUAAUAUGUGAUUAUUAGAGCAUCAGCAUGCUAUUAACAGUGACCUAGUAUUAGCCCAAUUUAACACCCGGUUACCGAAAAGAUUCAAGACUUAAAGUCGUAUUUAUUUUUUGUAAUCCUCACACGUGUCAGAUUGUUACUACUGAAACUUUGGUUUGGUUUGAACUUUCAGACUGCAGAUCUAGAGUCUGCAUAUACAAAACCCGUCUCUCAUUCGUCUCUGUCUCACUUACGUUCCCUCUCUUCCAGUGAGCUCAGUGAGAUGGGUGUGAUGUGUGCCGCAUCACAGCCCCCGCACAGCUUGUUACCAUAGCAACACAGGCGACAGAGACCUAGAAAAUUAUAGAAAGUCAGAGAUUCAUUGAGAGAGAAGUUUGUGUGUGUAUGUGUAAAUUUGUGUGAGAUAGAGAGAGAGCGAGAGGGAGGGAUCAGGAUGUUUACUUGUGUGCUAUUUAAAUGCCUCCAUCUGUGUCCUCUUACUAUAAUGAGGGCAGUUGCCAAAUUUUUUCACCCACAUCCUUUUCUGUGGGUUUGAUCGGAGCCCGGAGCAGAUCAUUUUGUGCCAGAUGGUCAAAUUCAACCAUAAGUACAUACCUGUCACAGGUGAAUGAAUUGAGCAAAGCUAGGUAUGGUCGAGUCGUUGUGCUACUCGACCAGGUGAGAAGAACCUCCUGACAGUCAGUCCUGUCAUGAUCGGGUUGAUCCCAAGCAGCAUCGUCUGGUCUUGCUUAAUGAAGCCAAUGCUGAAGUGCUAAAAAAUGCAGUUCCUCAAGUGUCCACUUGAGGUUGGCUGCAGAAGCACUAGAAAUCAUGUACACACCAUGCCAAAAAAAACAUUUUUUUUAAAGGAAAAAAUGUUGUUUACAGCCUGGUGUCAGGAACGGUUGUCGUUAAAUAGCUAAGGGCUCCCAUGGCAGCUAAUGUAUGGGGUAUUUUGCAGUCUCUUCAGCUCCAGCCUCUCCAUCUUCUCCUGAGACAGACGCUCUGAAAGGUUCACAUUUUUUAAAUAUUCUCAGAGCAGCUAAAUGCUGCCUGAGAGGACAACAAGAAAUCUAUUUGUUGCUACUGCAGACAUUAAGGAGUACUGUUAAGUCAUACACCACUUACCCUCUGACAAAAAAUGAUCCAAUAUCUUAGUAGAUACACUGAUUUUGACAUUAGUUCCAUUCACCAAGCCAAAAGAAUGUGAUGGUCUAAACAGUUUGAUGAUACUUGCUUGCAAUAAUUAAAAAUGGAAUAAAACUCAUUUCAUUUUAUACAUUUAAGUAGACUAACCUCCAAAUCCAAAAGCAUGAAAAACAAAUAGCCACAAGUGUUCAUCUACUGUAACUGAAAAGAGUUUACUUAUAAGGAGCAGGUCUGGGGUGUUGGGUAAAAAUUGCAGUGAAGCCACAUGAACUUGAUUAGCAAAUAACAACAUCACAACAGCCUCAUACCAACCUUUCAUUCAGUGUACACUUCCAGUACUUCGAAUAAAUUGCUAACUAUAUUUUCAUGCUUGCAGCCAUGUUUUUUUUUUAUGAUAAUACUGAAUAUAGUUUGAACUUCAUGUUGCUUUUCAUGCAGCAUCGUAUUUCCAGCAAUAGUUUUCACCAUUUUUUUUAACAAAAGUUGAUCAAAUUUUAUCACACCAAACACAGAAACAGGAAUGGAGAAAGAGGAAAAAAAGAGAGCUGUGGCUGAAACAUGUGUGACCAAUAAAAUGUGGUUAAAGUCAUGGACUAACAUGCAGCUAGUUUUCUGUAGCUCUACCACCCUCACCCUUUCUGUGAUCACACACACACACAAACCCGUGCACACACAGACACGAUUCUGUGGGCGAUAAGCUGGAUGUCUCGUUACUGGGCAUUAGCUGCACCUCUCCUUGCUAAUCCCUGCUGUCAAACAGACAGGCUAGCCGCGUAUGUAUGUGUGUUUGAGUCUGCAUGUGUGCAUGUGUGUGUGUGUGUGUGUGUGUGUGCACAACCCAACCGGUAUAAUUAUUGCCACAGUGUAAAGCUCUGACUGCAGCUUCUGAGCCGCCUGCCCAUCAUUAGGUUAAACAAGACUGUCCAUUAAUGGCUGUGUGUGUGUGUAGGAAGGAGUGUGUGGUGUUAGUGUGUGAAUGUGUGUGUGUGUGUGUUUGAUGUGACAGGGCUCACACAGUUCUCCAAGAGGAGAACUGGUGACUUGGUGUCUUUUAAAUCGUUUUAAAGGUCUUUGAAUCAAUUUAAUGGUAUUUAAGAAAGAACAGUUUUUCCAUUCAGCUCAGUUAUUCUUCUCAACAGUGGCACAACUGUCAUGUUGACUGCUUAGUGUUUAAUACAGUGCAACAAAUUUAUAAGGUAUACAAUAUACAAAUAACAUUGUGUCACUUUGCAGAGUUUUUGCAUUUGCAUUUUCAAAACAGAUGGUUGAACAGAGUUAUAUUUUUGAACGUCUAACUUGAGUUUCAUUUUUUGUAAGUACAAUGAUUCAUGGUUUUAUGUACCUUACUUUUUUUUAAGUAUAUGCCAAGAUCGAAAGCUAAGAAAAUAUUUGCUUUUCAUCACUUGCACAAGUUUGGAUACAGGAUCGUGAAGGAGUACACAGACAAAAGAGAUGUGAAAAUUUGCAUCUUGAUUUCUUGGUUCAUGACUCGUCUACAAGAGUAAUUCAUGCCUGUGUUCUGUUAUAGCUGAAGAGCACCUGCUCAUCUAAUGGGUCUCAGUUUCCCUAUAAAUAGAUUUUCACAUAGACGGGUUUCUUGUGUACAAACAAUACUAGGUGUGUGCGCAACCAGGGGGGAAAAGCCUGCUUCGGAGUGAACUGAUAUUAAUGAAGAUGCCGUAUUGUUUGCAAGUUCUCCCUGACACAAUUGCAAUAAAGUGUCAUGCCAUUGAGAAAUCGCUUUGUCUUUCAUUGCUUCACAAAUCAAAAAAACACUUGCAGAAAUGUCCAUGAAUUUCAUUCAGUUUACCAGGCUGUGACGUUGUUUUGGAUGUUUCUAAUAUCAGGAGCAGGGUCGUAAUGUUAGUGAAUGCUAACUAAGUCAAAGUAAAAAUGACAAGGCUACUAUACGGCCUGCCAACAUUUUAAAAAACCUGCCAAUGUCACUGUAAAUAUAAGUCUGACGGCUCAUUGGCUAGGUCUUUACAGAGAUGGCUCAGACCAAUUAUAUGAACAGCCUCAGCAGCUCAGACUGCAUAGAUUACCUGAACAAACUUGACCUCAGCACUGGUGAGAAAUUACUAGACCCAUAUAAUAUUCCGAGUGAGGAAUGGAUUGCAGAUAUGUCCAAAUGGCCAGCUAUAAUAUGGCCCGACAUAUAUAAUUAUCUAAUCGAGAAGCCUAGUGUGUACACAAAGGGCAGUUUGCAUACACACAAAUCUUUGGACCCGUAUAAUUAUGUAUCUUGUGGCCAAGUCCAAAACUUAAAAUGUUAUGACACAAGUUCAGGGUUUUGCACUUUGAGAGCAGGUGUCCCGCCCAGCCAGAGACAGGGACUUCUUCUCUCAGCAAAAGGAUAAGAUCCCCUCGGGACGUUAAACAGUUUCGAACCAUCCGUUUGACGGUUCGUGCAGUUUACAGCACAACAGCUCCUUGUCAUUUUCUUUCUCUGUUGACUCCAAUAGUAAACAAAUAAAAAACGUCCUGCUUUCUGCUCCCCUGGCAUACCUGCAAUGACUUUGCACUUGGAGAAACCAGAUUUUUUUCAAUGUCACGGUAAUUAACAAAUCCUAACUUUGCUGAAACAACAUCAUAAUGCAUAUCUGUAAAAUGAAAAGGUAUUCUUUGCAAGGUUUGUCUUGUAUGUUGCAUCUUUUCUCCAGAGUAGAAAUUUCAGAGCAUACAGGAAUGAUGAGAUUUUCCCAGCAUGGUGUUAUUUACAUUAUGCAUUGAAUAUUUGUGCCUCCAGAUACAAAUGUUCAUGCUGUUGACUAUCUGUGUAAUUUUUUUUGCAUGAUGGCCAAUAUCCCUGUGAAUGUUUAUAUGGCAGAAGUGGAAAAGUUCUAACUCAAGCCUGGAGGUGUUUAUUCCUUUGGCUCAUAUGUAAUUGAAAUGACUUUCCAAAGUAACUUACUUGCACAGUGUGGCCUCAGGGUAGGACAUUGGCUUUUAAAGUUCAGGUACAUGACUUAGCUUCGGCACAUUUGUUUCUGAAGGUAGAGAUAAAGAAGUAAGGGAGUGUUGGGGGGAAAAGAAAAUGAUAAAGGCAGGCUGGAAAAGCAGAAAUGGAGAGAAAAGGAUGAGGGAGCAAGAGAUCAAGAACCCGCCGUGGUGUUAAAGAUAAAACAGAAACAAUAGAAACGGGAGAAGAGAGAGUGAUGUUGCAGUGGUGGUGCAUUACCUUAGCUGGUGAUUUCACAAUGUGAGCUGUGCUGAAUAUAAGAAAUGACACUUUAAUGUGUGGAGCAAUAAAAAGUGAUGAGGCCAGACCAGGAGGAAUAGACUAAAUAUACAGCCUCUAUCUCUCAGACUCAUUCCCCCAGACAUCAUUCCUCCUUUUUUCUCUCUUUUUAUGAGUCUCUUUCUGUUGUUCAGUUCUUUCUACCUCUCCAAGAACAGUUAUCCAACCUCACAAAACACUGCUGUCUCCUUUCUGACCCUCCUCUCUCUUUCUCUGCCCGUUAGUCGCUCGCCCCCUUGAGAUCAUAUCUGUGUCACUUAAUCCUCUCCCCAUCUGACUCUCUCAAUCCUUCCUUAUCUCGGUGGAUUUUGUUGUCUUUAACCUCUCCCCCUCUUUCCUGUGUACUUUCCCGACUUUCGUUGUCUGCUAUUCGCUUCUCUGCUCCACUUUUCUUUAAUCAUCCUCACUGCUCAGUUUCCCAUUCUCUGUUACUUCAACUGACUUUUGUUUUCUGUGUUCAAGGCUUGUGUGAAACUAACCAGCUUAAAGUCAGAUGAACAAAUAGUACACUCAUUCCAUACCUCCGUCUUCAGAUCUUUAUACGCCUUAUUUCAAUCUUGCACACACACUCAAAGUGACGGGAAAUCAUACACGCCUGAAAAGAAAUGUUCAAUCAUUGGAAUAUAAUUUUGGUUUAGUCAUUGUCUGUUUAUCCAAAGUCCUUUUGUCUUUUUCCCUUUGCCUUUUUCUUCGCUCUUUUAAAAGCCAUGACUAAGACUUCCUUCCUUUUCCUCAGCCUCCUCCUUCUAUCUUCAUCUCCUCCACACUUCCACUGAUUGAAUGUGAAUUUGCGCAGUAAUGAAAACAAAUUGAAUUGGAUGUUUCCCCGUGUGUGGCCUCCGAUACUACUCCAUCAUAGUAUGUCCUUGUGGAUAAAUGUCUCAAACCAUAGUGGUGUCUCUUAGUGAUGUUUAUACUGCAACUUACUUUAGAAACUAAUUUAUAUACCCUUUGCUGUGGAAAUAUUUUGGACAAAGGACAUUUUAAAAUGACAAACAGUGAAAGAGUGAGUUUGAGUGGGCCCUUAAGCCUGCUACAGAACUGCGAAAGUGAGCAUGCUGAAGAUGAAACAUUUCUUACAAAGAGGUCAUUUUUCUCUUUGAAGAAGGAGCUUUGUUUUCACCGCUCUCCUGCUCCUUUUUCUCCCUCCAAGUGACCUUCACUUAGCCAUAGUUUAUUUCAGUGUCUCGGAUCAAAAUGAAUGAUAAUGGGGGGUCUGAACAUCACUUUUUCCUGUGUAACAAAAAGGCGGUUAACUGUGAUACUUUGCCUCUUUGCUGAUACAUCUUUUUAUUUUUUUACAUUGUUGUAUUUUUCCAUUUUCUCCUUGUUUCCUCUUCCUUGACAGUUUUGUUUUGUCCCCUAUGUCACAUAUCAAAACUGGGUCUGCUGUCUAAAGCCUGGGGGCCAUGGGGAAUUCAGCAAAGCUGUCAAAACCGAGAAUCUUUCUGUGCUUGGACUAGCCUGAACAAAGUCUGUCUUUGUGGGUGACCUUUUGUUUGCCUGACUGUUUAGCUAAAUAAGUAAGGACAUGUCUAAAGUGAGCAUUAAUUUUCAAGAAUUUCUCCUUCAUUUUCUUCAUAAGGGUCACCUAUAGGGUGAGUUUAUGGAAAGUUAUAUGAUUGAGAUCAAGAAUUACACUGUCACACCAGACUGUGUUCAUUUUAAUCCAAGUAAGGUGACCUUGUGGACGACAUCAUUUAUCUCAGCCAUUUACCUCAAGACUUGAAGUCACCAUCAGGCACGAGGAGCAAAGCUUAGGAUACAAAUGCGGCUUUGCAGUAAUUGGUAAAGGAAGUUAUGAUGAUUUAUCAGUAUUUGCUUCUGAUUGGUGCAAGCUAGUAUUUAGAACUUGAGUCCAAAACUACUUUGUGGACUUUUGAGGGGUGUGUGGUAAACAUCGGAGACUGUCCCCAAAAUCACCACUAGUCACAUCUGCUUAAAGUUAUUACAGAAUCCAUUUUUUGUUUCAUAAUUCGUAAUUUUAUUAUAUGUAAUUUUAUUCUAAUACUCUAAAACAGUGACAACCAGUGGUGAAGCUAGACUUUAUUCUAGGGGUGGCGAGAGGGUGGCCAAGGCUAUUUCAGGGGGUCCACAUACGAUGACGAUGAAUUUGUUUCUCAAACAUCUGAUUGCGAUCAGAAUCUCUGAAUGUUGAAAUAUAUUUAAAUACAUAUCAAGCACAAAGGAGAUGAAAUCUGUGUAUGUAAUUUUCAGGUUAUUAAAGAAGUGUAAAACACAACUCAGCAACAACAACCUGAAUGAAAACUAACGCACACGCACGCACAUACGCAUGCACACACAGAGACAUGCACACACACAGUCCCAUGUUGGAAUGCUUGUGUAUGAGACAGUUCUGACAUUUGCUUAAUGAGUUUAACUGUUGUCAUGGUGAUCUUUGACCUUAGUUUUGCCAAAGCAUUUGAUAGAUGUGGUUUUCCUGCUUUGGUACACCCCCCCACAUGAGCAUCAGCUACUACUCACACCACUCUUGGACGACAUCUACAUAUGUUUUUCUGGGUUUGAAAUUUGACAGCAGAGCAUCUUCAUGAACAUUUGGCUCCCAGAGUUUAUUCAUGUUCAAGGACAUGCAGAGUGACUUUUAUUUUUUUGUUUCUUUUGUUCUGCAUUUCAUUUUUCAUUUUUUUCAACAUGAAAAGUAACUGUCUGUCCGUGUGUGUUCUUUGUGCUGCCUGUCCAGCUAAUUACUGCUGUCAGGUUUAGUUGGUGGACUGCUGGUGUGUAUUUGUUUUUGUGUACGUGUGUUUGUGUAUGUGUAUGCAGCAUGGUUGUAAGCAGCAGAUGCUCAUUAAGAAUCUCUGCCAGGUUGCCAUGGCAGCUAGAGAGUGGGUGGGUUCGGGUCAGGUGGUAUGUCAUUAUUGAACCGUGACAUUAAUUUCUGAAGGGGACCCAUUGACAGCACAGCUUCAGAUCAGAUUACGAUAUUUAGCCCUGACAGAAUCAGUGACUGUUUUUUUCGGGAGCUGAAACAAUCGACCAUGAUCACAGGAACAAGCAGGUUUUUUGUACCCUAGUAUAAGUUAAAGCUCCUAAAAGGAAAAACAAAACUUCGUAUUACUUGGGAUUUCUUUACUCAGUACUUAGACUGAUUUAAACACAGGCUCUGAUUCACUGUUCUUAGAAAUUGUUUGUGAACCCUUAAAAUGAGAGAUCAUAUCUCCUUGUUUCAUUUAUAGACCCUUAUCUCAAUACAACUAAACUUAAUUUAAAAAAGACAGAUAAGGAUGACCUGACAGGUUUAGACAAAGACAUAAAAAAAACUUUGUCAUACUGAAGUCUGCAUCACCCAAUUUCCCAGGGUGAACUUAAUCUUUACCAGGCAUGAAAGCGAGAACUAAGGAACAAGUGAACAAGGUGGGCUUGAAUAUUUCAACAAAGAACAGAGUGGACCAGGGAGCUUGUGAGCAAGUGAAUCAAGAGGCAAGUAAAAGAGUGAAUCAAGGAACUAGUUAUCAUUGUGGUUACCAUGUUAACUUGGGACAAGGAUUAGCUUAGGAAGACCAUAUUCUGAAACCCCAAAAAGAGGACAUGGCUAUGCAGGGGCGGAGUCACAGAGUUGUGCGUAGUUAAUUUUGAGAGUUUUUCUGCUCAGGUUGAGUGUUUGUUACACACUGCUAACUCUGUAAGUCCACGCGACACUAACUCAAAACUUCCACACAAAACCCCUGACAUUUGAAGGAUUUUAUAAACUCCCCCGGGCAAGGCCGGACAACCCCUAAAAAAAAGGGCAUGUCCAGGUAAAAGGGGAGGUAUGGUCACCCUAAUUUAUUUGCACUCAUCAACUUGAGCUGGGGGAAAAAGAAAUGAUGAACCAAGGAAUAGGAAGAUUAGUGAUGUAGUGAUCAAGGGUAAUAGAAGGGUAAUACAGAUCAUGUGCACUGGACCCAGGAACAAGUAAUCAAGACCAUUAGGGGACCAGGAAACUUAGGGAUAAGUAUUGAACAAGUGAAAGGAAAAACUGAGGAACAACAGGACAGUGAUCAAAAUGAAGAAGAAACCAGGAAAAUGUAUGCAAGGGAAACUGGAAAGGUUAGCUAGCAAGUGGACUAGGGAAGGAUGGAAACAGAACAUAUUGUCCAGGGUACUAGAGAAAAGGGGAAUAAGGAAAUUAGUGAAAUAUAUUCAAUGUAGGCAUGAAUGUGUAAAUGAAAAUGAAAAUUCGACCGUGAUACGAAAAAAUAAAUGCCGCAAUAUUGCAGGACGGGAAAACAUUGCUGAUGUGAACGCUUGUAUUGACAGGAUACGGGUUCGAAAAAAAAUGCUGACGUCUAAAAUAAAUGCACAACAAAAACGCUCCCGUGUGUGUAAGGACCUUAACACUGUAUUACUCAUAUCGUGCAGUAAUGGUGCAGUUUUAUUCAGCUUUCUUCUAUUCUCACAUUUUUGUGCCACAUAAAUCACAACCUUAAAGACCUUUGCUUAAAUUGAGAGUUCUAUACCAGUAGCUUAAAAUAGACUCUAUAAUCAAGAAAGAACCUACUGAAAAAAUAUUAAUCAUCCACAAAUGAGCUCCAGUUUCUAUUUAUACUUGAAUGAACUGAGUAGGGGGGUGAGAGCCUCAGGCCACAGUGUGUAAAAUUGGUUUGCAAAAGUUAUGCUUAAGGAAAUGUAUUAGACUCUAACGCUGGAAUACUGUACUAUUAUGCAAAUUGCAAUUCCAAUAUUGGUUGAGACAUCAAUGGUUAUUUGAAUAAUAAAUGGAAGAGUCAGGUUUUUGGUGUGUCUGUGUGUCUGCAUGUGUGUUUGAAUAUGUGUGCAUGCGUGCUGUAUGUUUUUUGUGUGUUUGUGUGUGAGGGCAUUCUCCUGUGUGUGGGGGUGUCUGUGUGUGUUCAUACUCUUAAAAUCCAGUGUGCUCUAAUGAGACACAAAGUACAGACAGCAGGUUGAGCGUGGGCUGGUAUCCAUGGCAACGGCCUUGGGCUUCUAGACAUGUAGAGAGAGAGAGAGAGAGACAGAGUAAAAUGAAAAGAGAGAAAGCAGGAUGUCAUUAAGGACAGCUAUUUUGAUCAAGAAUGGGAUGAUUUAUCGGCUUGGUUUGUGAUGAUACACAACCCCCUCCUCUCUGUGUAUUCAAACAGAACACACAUAAUUACAUCGCUUUUUGAAUGCAGCUUUUUUCCCAAGCCAUUCCCUUGUAAAAGCAACACCCACACAGUUACAUACUGUACGUGUCAAUCUGUAGACAAGUGUUUAUUUUCGUCUAUGUACGUAGCGUGUGGUACUCAAUACAUACUGCACACAAGACCCGAAGGCUGCGGUCCAUCGAUUGAGGGCAGAUCUCCUUCAAUUGCAGCCUAGGCAGGAUGCCUGCUUGUUUGCUUUGUAGUAUCUUCAAAUUCAAUGUUUUAUCAAAAUGGGACGAGACGAUAAGUCAUCAGUUAUCAUACAUCAUGAGUGUGUCGGCCAAUCACAUUAGCUCCUCUCAUCUUUCAUAGCAGAGUACUCUCCAGCUUUUUGUGAAGUGUACAGAGAGGACAAUAAAUAAAAAAGUACUUGAGAUGCUGCAACUCAUUAUAAUGGAAUCAAAACUCACAUUCUUAGCCAAGAUAAGGUGAUACACAUUAAGAUAAAAUUUUCAUGUCUAAUUCUGGAGAUGCUAAAAGAGCCUUUAUGGCACACUUGGUAAAUACUGAUGUUUCGAAAUGCUUAUUCCUAAAGUGGAAUUGCUUUUUCUCUGGGUUACAAUUAUCAAGACUUAUUUCGAGCUCUGUGUUAAGCCUUGACACCGAAAUUGCAGUUUUCUGUGUGAAAGACUCUAACAUUCAACCCCUGCUGUUCUUCAAUGCUGCUUUGAUGCAAAGCGUGUAAGCAGGAUGAGAAACAGGCACAGGUGAAGACGGAUCGCAUGUUAUGAUAGAAAAACAUUCAGAUUUUCUAACAAGAUGUUUUGCCUUUAUCCAGCAAGGUAAUUCAGUGAUGAUAAUUACAAAAAAGUGUGAUUUUAAUUAUGUGAACUUUAGAAGUAUUGCUGUUACUUGUGUUGGACAACGAUCAAACUCACAUUUCUGGUGCCAUUUGAGCGAGACAGAAAACAGAUCCAGCAUAAAUUUAGUGAUUUCACUUAGAAGCAAACAUUAGAGGAGUGAUACCUACAAGCUAGUUCAGCUGCACGGAUUUAACAUUUGCCCUGUGUCAUUCUGAGAAUCAUACAUAUUCUGCUGCUGAGUUAAACUUUUAUCAUUAUAACAUAAAUACAAUGACUCACCUUUCUACUGAGGAAAUUGGUGCUAUAUCAUAUUUUUCAUAUUAUCAGUUGUAUCAUUUUAAAGUGAGGUGAAAAUGUUUUUGAGUCAUUGGUAAAGAGUUGAAGGAUCUUCAAAAGUUUUUCAUGUGCAGUGGUGGUGGCCUAUGAUUAAUUAAUGUGUGGUUGUGAUCGUGCUUGUGUUGUUGUCAGUGAUGCUUGUCAUUCUGGCCUUUGAGGAGCUGCGGGUUUAAUGAGCCAAACAGGUGGCAAAAGAAAGAAAGAAAGAAAGAAAGAAAGAAAGAAAGAAAGAAAGAAAGAACAAACUGCAACAAUAGCAAAUACAGGAUGUGCAUUUGUAGGUCUAUGAAAAAGAUAUGUAGAGUUUCUAUGGUUUGUUAAAGAUUGAGUUUAAGGAAUGUAGAUAAGCUGAAAGUGUAAUGAUGAAGUAUAAAACAAAUACUGGGGUAAACACCAAAGAAGAAAAACAGAAGAAGCUAUUGCAAGGAUGAGAGUGCUGAUUAAUGACCAUCGAAUGUUUACCCCUGAAUCUGUUCUCAGCCUCUGUCUGUCAAUCCCUUCGAUUUUUUUCUAUACUUUUUCUCUUUUCUCCUUCUUCUUACUUUCUUUCAGUCAAUCUUGUCCUCUCACUGUGCCUCAAAAUGUCAAUAACAAUGCCUUGAUAAUGACAAAGUUCUUGGUGUGACACCAGAGACCAAAAUGGUCAAUGGGUUGGGCAGCAGUGUGGAUCUUUUAAAGUUACAGCAAUCGAUUGUCAUUUGGAUUCACAGGAGAGAGGUGCUUUAAGGCCGUGUUCACACUGCACUCAUAUGUGACCCAGAUCUUAAUUUAUCUGAUCUUUUUAUGUCAGAGAGAUGAAGUGGCAUUGAAUCUUAUCUUUUUAAAUCAGAAUUGAGUGGAGCAGAGUUGCUUAUGCUCCAUGAAGAAACACAGGGAAAGUUGUGACGGAGGUAGCCAGUGGAAGGACUGUGAGGUUUUGGACUUGAUAUUUGUGCACUAGAACCACCAGCACUCUGGCACCACACAAUGGUCCGCCAAAUCAUUAUCAGUGAUAUCAUCGCCUUCAGAGUUUUAACAAACAGUAUAUGCCAAAACUUUUCGUUAGAUCCCACGAGUUGAUCUGUGUAGAUAAGCUGCAAAGGCUCAGUGAUGGAGAGUGAAACAGCAGAGGGUCUGAUCUGUUUGCUGCAGAAUUUUACUGGUGGGAGUUUGUUGAACACAUCUCUCUUCUCUCUUUAUAAUUUCAAUUUUAUGAACCCCAAACCUGAAGUUGGAUCCAUGCCUAUGAAUAUAUGCAAAGACAGAAUACAAAUGGUAAAAUAGAUAAUAGCUGCAAGAAAAUAUACUUGUCUCAUUACUCUGCUGUGGCCUGUGUGACUGUAUUUGGAGGUAAAUGUUCAGUAAUCAAAUGUUUCAAGUAAGAAUCUUAUAAGCUUCAUAAAACAAAAAUAAUCGAGGAGAAAUUUUAGGAUGGAGGUUUUCAUUCAAACCACACAAGCGUUGAAAAGCCUCUACUGUUCUGUCGUAACAAUGGAGAUGUAAACUAUCUUUGUCUUCAAGUUUGGUUUUUUGAGAUUGUGUCAUUCAUUGAAGGAGGAGGUUAUUUUUUGUGAUUUAUUUCCUAUAUUUAACCGAAUCCUCGCCAAACAUCCUGAAGAAACCCCAGCACAUAUCACACACUGACAGGAACAUUUAUCUGGAUUGUUACAAGCGCGGCCUGUCAUGUAAUGGUUAGGCAGUUUCCAUCCUGAUUUAUGACCCGGGCUCAGAGGUAGAGGUUGACAAGAGGAACAACAGAAAGAAAGAAAGCAAGAAAGAAAGAGAAAGAAAAAGGACAGUUAGAGAGGCACAAAUAGAAAACAGAAAGGACAGUAAACACACACACUCAGGUAUAUACACACAUCAAAAUCCUUUCUCAUCAGACUGGGGCUGGUUGCACUGCUGUUGGAGAAAAUGAGUUUUAUUCUCUGGAGGCUAAAAGAGAGAAAAAGAAAAGGAAGAAUACGCAGAAGAAAGAAAAGGGAAAGAGGAAAAGAUAGAAAGAAACAAGAGUUUCCAUUGGAAGAGCUGGGGAUCAUUGUCUUGCUCGGGGCCAUGUUGGCAGUAGUCAUGAAGGGGGACAAAAAAUUUGUCAUUCACAUCCUCUCCUCUCCCCGUCCCCUCGCCUCUUUAUCUCUCUCUUUCUUGUUUUUUUUUUUCUCAGUCAUACACACACUGUGCCAUCUGUGCUUCCUAAAGGAGAAGGAGACCCACAUUUUCCCUUCCCAAAAAUGCCAACGACAGCAUCAUGUUUCCACAGUUCAUGUUGGUGUGUGUGUGUGUGUGUGUAUUAUAAGGUGGUUAUAUUCGUCUUGCUGGUGUCUGACGGGGCAUGGCUGCUGAGCUUGAGCCAAAACACUCCAUUUGACCUAGAUCAUCACAGCACCCGGCUGGUGUGUGUUUGCCCGUCUGUGAGUAGUGUGUGCGCCUUUUUGUCAGUGGUAUGAAGCAUUUUGGACUCUGCCCAUCAUGCUGUAAGAGCUCCCUCCCGCAUGUCCUGACUCUCUGCUAAUCAUUCACUUUAUGUCCUCUCACACUGUGUUUCACCUCGUGAGAAAUCUCUGCUGUCUCUCUCCCUGUCUGUUGAUCAUUCUCUUGAUGCGUACUUCCUUCUGUGUAAAUAUGUGAUGUCUGUGUAUGAAAUUCUUUAUUUGAAACAGUCCUUUCAGCUGGCCUCUGCUUCAUGUCUCGACACAAACAUUUGAUUUCAUUCAAUACUGAGCCUGUCAGCUGGUCACUGCACACGCAAACACAAAAGUUUUGCAUUGCUUUUCUAGUAGUGUUGUGUCGUCUGCGAAUGAUUCGUUCAAAGAAACCGAAUCUUUUAAGUGAACGAACUGAACAGAAUUACUUCCUCAAAUGUUUAGUUCGUUUCUCACUUCAGUUAAGCUGUCAGCUGCUCAGCAUUGCUGGGCGAGCAGCAGUUGAGGAAGGGACCACAGGCACCAACACCUGAAUCACUUGGUGAACGAAUCACGCAGUGAACUACACUCUCUGGAAUCAUUUUUGUCUGAGGGGCUGAGGGGCUUUCAUGGUGACCGUUGCUUGCAUACAGUAGGACUCAGCUUAUAUCAAGUAGUGUAUAAAACCCACGGUUUGAGAAAUGCGUGACUGUCCGAUCCUAUCAUUGCGGCGAUUUGCGAGGAAACGGUGCAUGGUCAGUGUGAAUUCUUUACUGAAUGUACUGUGGGGUAAACGUUCAGUGAACGAAUCACUCACUGAGCCCAAUUUACUGAGUAGAUAAAUAGUAUACCAUUGCACAGUACACUUAAAACAUCAUAAUUUCUAAACAAGUUCAUUUUUACAAACCUGUCCGACAAAGCAGCACAGCCAAACACUCUCGUCUCCUGGUCCUUGAAGCUAUGAUCUGAACUGAAUCAUGAACCGUUCAGUUAUCUAUCACUUUGGGAAGUCAGAGUCACAGUCUUCUCCUGCCAAGCUCUGAAUGAUUCGGUAAUUCGGUGAGCGAAUCUUUUGAACAAAUCUUUUUGGUGAACUGAGUCUAGUGAUUCAGUACAUCUAAAAGCCCAUCACUGUUUUCUAGCUCUAUGACAAAGUGGACUUAAAAGGCUGACCCCAUCAUCUUUGUGUCCCAGUAUAUUUCAAUUUGCUUGUACUUUACUCUUUUUUGUUGCAGUUCAAGUGAAUUAUUUCAACUAGCAGCAUUAUCUUUCAUGGACCGGCUCUAUAAAAGGUCCACAACCUCUCCAUUACAGGAUACAUUUUUCCCACAACCAGCUGCACCUGUAAAAGCAUUACUUUAGUGUGGUCAGUGGUUGUUUGAAAGACAGAGGAGCUCUGUAAACAGAGACAGUGACCAGCUAAGGUGUAAGUCUCUGCUCUCCAUUAGAUCCACCAGAACUCUCAUAGGAUCACCCUGAAUGAUUCAAGUUUUUGUUUAAAAUUGUGCCGUCUGUGCAUUACGUCACCAUAUUGUUAUUAGCAGAUGGUCAUGCACUGUAUUGUGACUCAGCAAUGCAGCUUUUGCUUUGAUCAUGAAAACUUUCUACUCUUUUUAAUAAACAUAUGCUUUAUUGAAGUUUUCUUAACUUGUAUUUUUUCUGUCCAUUUUUUCUUUCAGUGAUGGAUGGGCAGACCGCUAUGAUGUAACAGAUGGCUAUGUUCGAGAAGCAGCCGGUGGUAUUACUAUCAAGCUCCAGUCGGCUGAUGUCAAGUGGUUUGAUGACUACUACCUUAAACUCCGGCCUGAAAACAACCAGAGGAACCCCUGGUUUCCAGAGUUUUGGCAACAUCGUUUUCACUGUAAACUUAAAGGCCACGCCCAGGAGAACAGCAAAUACAACCGCACCUGUAGCAGUGAGUAAACAUGAAUAAACAUACAGGACAAUCUGUGUAUGUAGAUAUGUAGAUUUUAUUUCCAUACUAGGAAAUAGGGCUGGGCGAUAUGGGAAAAAGUUUAUCACAAUAUAUUUUUUCAUAUCAGUUGAUAUCGAUAUCACGAUAUAAAAAAUGAAAUUUAUUAUCGGUAAUGAUUUAUUUAUUAUUAUUAUUAUUGGCUUAUUGGUAGCAUGUCUUUUGCAAUACAAUAAGCUACUGACGUUUGUGUCGUAAUGCGUUGUGCUAGAGAAAGCGCCUGAAUGGUCGGCUGUUUCGGCUGCACAGGCGCCGUGGGCUCCUUGCUCCGCUCGUGGUUUGUAACCUUUUUCAUUGUGCGUAGUCUACCAUGUGGCUCUGCUUCAGGUGGUGAAAAAGAUUUGAGGUAUUCCCCAACUUUGUAAGAACAUGUACUCGACAUAAUUUGCAGUACACAUUACUCUGCUUCAUGUCCGACCUCAAAAAAGCAAAAUACCGCCACACCAUCGACAUUUUCACGCCAGUGUUGUUGACGAUGUCAUCAUUUGUUGAGCCUUCAUCUGCAUUUCUGCCAGGGGUAGGGACCUGGAGCAACUCCCUUUUUCAUUGGCUAUUUGUAUAGUCUACCAAAACAUGGCCGAAUGCAGACUAUCAAAAAGCAUUUUGGCCAUGUUUUAUAUUGAUAUUGAGGGAAAUUAAUUUUCGAUAAAUAUUAUCGUUUUAUGGCCCAGCCCUACUUGCAGGAGUUUCACAUCAUCCUCCAUCAUGACAGGUUUAUUAUAAGCUUUUGAAGUUGUCAGAGACAUUCUGGGAUACUAUAUGAAAUUUUUAACACCUAUAACAGUGGGUAUAGAUUUCGAUGACACAGGAUAUCUGAGUUACAGCUAUAAAGAGCUCCUAUUUUGACAACAGCCAUCUGUGGUACACAGAAAAAGAGGUUACAUUGUUUUGGGUCAACAAAACAGGCUACAAUACUAGUCUGCUACUAAUAAUGCAAACAACAUACCCUCACAGCAUGUACAAACAGACUGGCCUGGCACAGCCUCGCACAAACACACAACAUAUAGAGACACAGAGCUUUCCAGUUCAUCAGAAGAUAUCCCUUGUGGCUGUGAGUGAACCCUCCCCUCAUUUCUUUGUAUUCCUCCCUCACCAUCUCUCUCUUCCUCUUUCAUUCUCCUCAUUCAAACGCAAAGCGUAGUAGGAGAGCAGCAUCAAAGGGAGUCAUGUCUCAUGUAUUCUAAUGAAAUAGAACAUGAAAUACAAAUGAACAGGACACAAAAAGAGGGAGAAAGAAAUGCGAUGCGGAGGUGGGAAGUGGCUGAUGAGAAGUAAUGAGAGAAGAGAGAGUGGUCUUUGAUGUGAGGGGAAUAAAACACUCAGCGUGCCAUAAAAUUCAAAGAGAAAUUAGGAGUUUCUUUGACCUGCCUUUCUUUUUUCAACCUUGCUCAUUCCCCUACCUUUUUCUUCCUACCUUCCUCUUUUUACAGAGCGAGAGUCGCUUCGGCAACAGUACGCUCAAGACACCAAGAUGGGAUUUGUCAUCAAUGCCAUCUACUCCAUGGCCUAUGGGUUGCAUAACAUGCAACGGUCACUCUGCCCAGGCUAUCAGGUAAACACCACUGAUGGAUGAAUAAGCUAGGGGAAAGAUGAAGAGGUGAACUUUAGACAGAAGAAACACAAGACAUGCAUCAGUCCAUAGAUACAGAUGAUUUUUUUAGAUGUGGGUCAAAAUGUUUCUGACUCAUUAUGCUUUUUAGGGUCUAUGUGAUGCCAUGCGACCCAUAGAUGGUGCCACUCUACUGGAUUUCUUAAUGAAAACCAACUUCACAGGCGUGUCAGGGGAGAACAUAUUGUUUGAUGAGAAUGGAGACUCACCCGGCAGGUACGCACUGUAACUUAAGCUGCCAUGGAUUUCAUAUUUUAGUUUUUUUAUUGUGUCUUUUAAAUAUGGUUUGUUUACUUUUUUACAAACAGGUAUGAAAUAAUGAACUUCAAAAAGAUGGGGAAGGACUACUAUGACUACAUUAACGUUGGCAGCUGGGACAAUAGGGGCUUGAAGAUAGAUGAUGAUGAAAUCUGGCCAAACAAAGAUGCAGUCAUCAAGUCAGUGUGCAGUGAACCCUGUGACAAAGGACAGAUUAAGGUAAGAUGAAAAAUCUGGAUACAUAUCUAGUAACAGGAUGCUUUUUAAAGCUCUUAGACUUUGUAGAGCUAAUCCAACAUCCUACAGAAUAUAUUCACCGCGCUUGAUGAGUUCUCAUUUGUGAAAAAGAUGAAAUUCAAGUGUCUAUUUGUGCUUUAAAAUUUUAUACAGUCUUGAAGAGGUAUUACAUAAAGGCACAGCUGCAGUCAGGCAUUGCUCAUGUUUUCUCUUCCAGGUGAUCCGCAAAGGGGAGGUGAGCUGCUGCUGGACGUGCACUCCCUGUAAAGAGAAUGAGUUUGUGUUCGAUGAGUACACGUGCAGAGCCUGCGAACUGGGCUCCUGGCCUACAUAUGACCUCACAAGUCAGUCUUCAAGUAUUUUUUUAAUAUUUAUGUGUAUGUCUGCACUUUGAUUUAUAACAUGUUUGUGCAGUGUCUUUGAUAUUUCCUCUCUGUUAAGAAAAAACUUGAAUAGAGGACUAAAAAUCUCAUGAUACAGGAAAAUAGCUGUGAUGUGAAAAGAUUGAAGCACGUAGGGCCAAAGGAUGAAUGUUGAUCUGAAGAAUAACGUCUGUGUUUUUCCUGGUAGUGCGCCAUUACAACAGCUUAGCAUGCAAUACAUUCACACGGAUGCAUAGAGGAUCCCUGUGUUUCAGCUCCCUCCCUAUUUCCUUCUCCCGUCCCUUUAAUUUGCCACCAACAUGCUCACCAGUGUUUUAAUUAUUCCGCAUCAAGAGAGGCUUUCGAUGCAAAUAUGUUUCUGUUGCAAUGAAAAUGUAUUUCUUCUCCAUUGCAUUUGAAACGGUUGGAAAUUGCCUUGUUACGCUCUCAGCUGCUCAUUAUACUGCUUGCUAGCUCCUCAACAUGCGCAAUGAUUAAUACAUGAAUCAAGCCCUGCUGAAAAUUCAGAUUGGGCUCCUUUGCCAGAGAGAGAGCGUCCUUAGUAAGCCAGUGAGAGGAGGACAAAGACAAAGCUGAGAGGGAAAGCAUGAUUGGGGUGAUAUGUGUUACUCUGUGUGUGUUUCUCAGUGCAUGCGUAUGUGCGUGAGCCUGUUCAGUGGUUCAUUUGAUCAGCAGUAAUGUUGCCUGUCCCUCAGUUUGGCUGAACGAAACAGUAAUAAUGCGGUGUUAACAAACUGGCUGCCUUGUUAUUCCAGCAGACAUUUUGAUCUUCUCCCUUUAGGCCAAACAGAAGACAGAGUGCUAGAGAUGAAGGGACAGGGACGGGGGAGAGGAGAUGGAGUUAAGGUCUCAGCUGGCAGGGACAGAGCUACAGUGGAUGUGAAAACCACAGAAAGCAGCAGAAAAAGGUUUGGAGAGAGCAGUAGCACAGAAGGAAGAACAAAGAGUGAGAGAAAAACUUGGAGGAAAGGGGAGGAAGUGGCUCAGAAAGAUAGAGAGAUGGAGUUAAAUAGAAACCCAGAAGAAGAAGAAGAAGAAGCAGCCAGGGAGAGUGAAAAGAGCAGAAAAAAAAGGAGGAUUAGCUUUGGGAUUUGAGCCUCUCCACUGAUCAGUAAAGUUCCAGUCUGAGUGCGAGAGAGUUUAGAGAAGUUUGUCUCCAAACUUUGUAUUGACUGAACCCCCAAAUGGUUACCCUCUCCUUGAUGCACCACUUAAGCUCUGGGUCAACUCGACAAUUUUCCACAGGUUUUGUGAGCUAAUUAAGUUUUCAGAUGCAGACGUAGCCAAAGUAUUUUGAGCGCCGUGGGGAAACCUGUGAGAAAUGCGCUGAUCUGGGAAUCCUGGCCUUUGACAUUAAAUAUAUAUAUGAGCUAGAGUAAUUGGAGUCAUAGUCACAGUAAGUAAGUUUCCUCUCAAACUUAUGUUUUAACAGGUGGGUGGUCCUUUCCCCUGCUGUCCAUGUCCUUGCCUUUUAUCGAGCUUGGUUGCGGUGAAUUAUGUAUGCAUGGUUUCCCCUCACAGUUUUAGAUUCUAAUAACCUGUUUUUAUUAGAAAUGGUAAUUUGAAGUUUUUCAGUGAUAUAAAACUGCAAAUGAGCCACAUCCUCUGCAGAAUACUUAUGUCUGACAGAUUUUAGGUCUAUUUGUUACCAUACCAUUUGCUCCCACUCAGCAAUUAAGCUGUUGUUUAUGCCCCUAGACCUAACCAAAUUGCUGAUUUGAUAAACUCUAUUGACUGUGUUAAAGACAAAAUCAUUAAAUUGCUCUCUUCUUUUUCAGUGACUCAUCCUUUCUCUCUUUCUCUCCAUCUCUGUCUCUCCUAAACAUUUGCAACACUGUACAAACAGGGGUAUGUGCUCCUAUGACUCUUUUGGGGCUUCAACGAUUAGUCGACGUAAUCGAUUACGUCGACACGACAAAUUCAUCGACACGAAAAUUAAGCGUCGACGCGUCGUGUUAUUGUUGUUAUGAAUCACAUGCCGGUGUUGUGCUGUAGAAUGCACCCCUGCCGUUGAAUGCACCCCCUCCACUCAUUAGCUUCUUAAAGAGGAAGAAAAUUAUCUCAUAUUUUAACAAAAACACGAGUAUUGGAUCAUGAUAACAUGUCAAAUGGAGCAGCAAACUUUCGUUUUGUUUUUAUGUGUCUCAAAAAUGCACAUACAGAGGUGUACUUAGGUGUACAAACUGUACAGUUAGCUGUCAAGCUAGCGAACAUUAUAUUUUGGGGACAGCAAAUAUUACGAAUCAGAGGGCGAUUGUUUUCAACUUAUCUGAAUAGCCUGAAUUAAAUCAUUGAAGGCACACGCAUUUGAAUGCGUCCAACUGUAAGGAAAACUUGAAUUAUUUCGCAUUUUUAGGUACUUUCAACCGAGCUACCGUUAGUGGUGCAUCCUACGGCAGGGGUGCAUUUUACGGCAUAACACCGGCGCCUCAUGCUCAUCUAUAACUGCAGUGCACUACAGGAUGUGCUGGGGGCAGUAGCGCUCGCUGUUUACAUCCCGCGAGCAAACACAGAAGAAGAGUACACACAUUAUGGCAGAACAAACUGAAAAAGACGCUCCAAAACUCCGACCCAAAACUUCAAAAGUUUGGGAACAUUUUACGGAGAACAAACCAAAAAAACACGUUGAUCAAAGCUCAGCUUUCCUACCAUGGCAGCACCACGGCGAUGCAUGAGCACCUGAGACGCCGACACCCCGGAAAUAGGUGUUUAUGAAUAAAGAAGAUCGUGAUUAAUCGGACGACUAGUCGAUAGAUUAGUCGACAAAAAAAUAAUUGUUAGUUGCAGCACUAGACUCUUUAAGAGACAAAACGAUAGAGAGAAGAAACAAAAGGACACAAAAGAAAGGAGCAAAUAAAGAUGUAUAAGGACCGCAAGUUUUCUUAAGAGUUUAUGUGUGUCCCGGCUGCAUAAGCACGUCAAGACCUACCACAGAGAUAAUUUCAGGAAGCGUAAAGCCAGAUUGUAAUUAGACCUGUCCCUUUAAUUAAUGACACUUUAUCUUUGUGUCUCGGAGAAAGACAGAGAAGGAGGAAAGCAGGGAAGAGGGGAGAAUUAGGAGCAAAGGGUGGCGGGAUGAGGAUGAAGAUAAAUAGGGAAGAUAUUAGUAGGAUAAGAAAGGCAGGGAGUGAUGAAUGGGACAUUAAAAGUAAAGGAGGAACAGGAAACCGAUUUGGAGAUUAAGCGACGGGGUAAUAAGAAUAAAGGGGUGAUUGACAGGCAGAUUGAAAAGAAAGAGAAUAAAAGAACAAAGAACCAGACACUGUUUAAGCCUGCAUGUCUUUAUCAUCAGUGUUCAAUGACUAAUGAUGUCUCUGCUGCAAGUUGAUUACACAAGAUGCAGGCUGCGCUGAAGGCAAUGUGGGUCAGUUAUUGUAGGUACCUUCCCACAUGGCUCCACCAUGCCCUGACCCCAGCCUGUGGAGGUUGUUGGUCACUGGGACAAGCUUGUUAUUUGAUGUCUCUCCCACAUCAAAUGUAGGGGAAGGUGUGAUGUUAGAAAUUACAGAGUCAAAGGGAAAAUAUAGGUAGGAAGGAUGACAAGGUGUUACAUUAGCCUUAGGCCAAAAGUUCCGGUCCAUAAUAUCCAGUUUCUGACUGUCAUUCAAUCAUAGACCGUAUAUACUAUAGACAACUUGGUUCUGCCUUCCGCCAGUAUACAGAUUUGAAGCCAAAAAGCUCUCGAUAAUUCCGCGUUUUUUCUCCACUUUCUGAAACCAACAUUACGCAGUCGCAUUUUACGCAUUCAGUGGGAGAGUCGCCGAGAGUCACUGUGAUGACGCUCGGCUCAAACAGCAUAUCCCCCGGGUGAGCUACGCAAUCUUCUUAUGUCCAUAGGCUGUAUCACGUGUCAAUCAUAGAAAAUAUGACCCCCGUAAUAACAUUUAAAAAUGGAGCUGUACAGAAAAAAGAGGACUUGAGAACAAACCAGUCUUACAAUAACUACAUGUCAACAUCACAAGCAGGAGGGAGAAAAAUUUAUAUUCUGUGGAAUAGAUUUCUAAAGUUCGUCCACAGCCCCUUAAGGAUGGCUGGCGGAGGCGGGAUUUAUGACCUUUAUUGUUCUGUGUAAUAAAUUUCUAAAGUUUGUUCACAGCUACAUAAGCUUUGCUGGCAGAUGCGAGAUUUAUGACCUAUACUGCAGCCCAUCACCAGAGGGUGCUGUUCUUGGGGUGGCUUCACCCAGCGAGGAGGCAGACACUGUCCAUUCUAUAUACAGUCUUUGCAUUCAGUUCAUAUAAAAGUCCUUGACUGAUGUUGUUGUUUCCACUUCCCCACACUAUCAGGCUGUGAUCCAAUCCCUGUGGAGUACCUGCGCUGGGGAGACCCUGAACCAAUUGCUGCUGUUGUCUUUGCCUGCCUCGGUCUGAUGUUCACAUUCUUUGUCACUGCAGUCUUUAUCAGGUAACAGAUCUCUUAAUCUGCCACAGAAAAUAAGACCUGAGAGGAGAACUAGGCAUGACAGAAAUGCAUCAGAUAUUUAUGCACCUCGAAUAUCUCCUCCAAUAUCACUGUUUUCAGACUUUUUCUUAUCUUACGCUUCUUAUAUGUUUCAGACCAUAACUAUUUCACUUAAUGUGCCAUUGUCCAGGUUCCGGGACACCCCAGUCGUAAAAUCGUCCAGUAGAGAGCUGUGCUACAUCAUAUUAGCUGGGAUCUGCCUGGGGUACCUUUGUACUUUCAGCCUCAUAGCCAAACCCCAUGUCAUCCACUGCUACCUCCAGCGGCUGGGAAUAGGCCUGUCACCUGCCAUGAGCUACUCUGCACUUGUCACCAAGGUAAACAGUGAGAGAAGUAUUUGUAUGCAUCAGAUGUACGGCCCUGCAGCCGUAAAAGAUGCAGAGAUAAAGGAGUAACCCCUUAAGACUUGGAAUAAUCCUCCAAUUAAAUCACUGCUUACCUGCCUUUGAUCAUCAGUGCCCAGUGGGGAAAAGCCCAGAUAUGCUUCAGAUGCUGUAGUGCUGGCAGCAGUGGUGCAUGAGUGAGUAGAAGGAAAACUGUGGACCUCAUCAGAAAGAAAAGGAGAGAAAAGCAGCUGUUGUCCCAUGGCGUUUUAGAUUAUUAGCCCUCCCAUUCCAUCAUGGUAAAGUGUGAGGAUAUGGGUGUCAUAACAGUAAAAGUGAGGCAUGGAUCCAUCAAUCUCUUUCUUUCUGGCAAUGAAAGCCAAGGAAACAGGGACAAAGGAUUAAUCCCGGGAAAAUGCAAAAGUCAGCAAACUAUACGGACUAACUUUUAUUAAAAGGUCCUGAUCGUGUUUGUGAUCUGACCCCCCAGACAAACCGCAUCGCUCGGAUCCUGGCGGGCAGCAAGAAGAAGAUUUGCACAAAGAAGCCUCGCUUCAUGUCUGCCUGUGCUCAGCUCAUCAUUGCCUUCCUCCUCAUACUGCUGCAGCUCGGCAUCAUUGUGGCUCUGUUCCUCAUGCAGCCACCUGAGGUAAGCUGUCUGGGACUCUUUGUGUUAGUUUUUUAUGUGAGUGGGAGGGCGGCUCAGUGACAGACAAAUUACUGAAGAGGGAAAGACUUAUAAGAAGACCAAAAUUUACAGUAUAGUCAGGCCUUAUAUACCUUUGGAUUAGUUCGAAGUUUACUCUUUAUCUUCCAGUAAUGAGCUUUAUUGAUUCCUUGUUGUUCUUUUAAUCGAAGCAGCUAAGCAAUAAUACAAGUGUUCAAGAAAAGACCUAUAAUAUUUGACUUCAAGUUGGCUUUAAUGGUAGCUUUAUAGAUGUUAUUGCGUCUCCAGUCCCAUAAAUUUCCACAUUUUUUUACAUCUUUGCAAACUGCAGCAUUUUGAAAGAAUGACAUGAUGUUUUCUAAGAUUUUCUUUUAGAAGGAUGGCUUGUUUCCUCUCCUGUCUUUUUAGGUAAUUCAUGACUACCCCAGCAUUCGACAGGUCAACCUCAUUUGCAACACCACUAACCUGGGUGUUGUUGCUCCACUAGGAUACAAUGGCCUGCUCAUCCUCAGCUGCACCUUCUAUGCCUUUAAGGUACCAGCUCUGUUUGACACCAUUAUGCAUUUCUACUUAGUCUGACUUGUAUAAGAGAUGCAGUCUGUUUUUUGGUCUUUUAGAGGGAAAAAAAUGAAGACAUGCAGACAUGACACAUGCAAUGUUGCUCUUUCUUGCAGCGUCUGUUUUCACGGUGCAGUUCGUAAUCCUUUUACCUACGAGUACAGUAGUUAAGCUCAGCCUACAGUCACUAUGGAGUGUAAACCUAAAUACACACAACUGAUUGAAACCUCAAUGUGCAAGAAAUCAUAUUAUUAUGUAAAUUCUGUACAGAUGUAAUUCAUGUACAUAUCUUUUUUUUUCAACUCAAAUUUUUUUUUAUCUUUUAAUUUUUCUCUUUCUGUGUCUGUAAUAUGCUGCUGUAAAUAUGGAUAUAUUUUAUAUAUAUAUAAAUAUGUAAAUAUAAAUUAUGUAAACAUGUAAAUAUAUUUCCCCCUCGUGGGACUAUUAAUGGAACAUCUUAUCUUAUCCUAUCUUAUGAUAAAGUAGUUGUGACAUUCACCUUCACUGGUCACUUGAUAUCAUGAGAUUGCAGGGUCUUUUCGAUCAAAUCAGCACCCACAAGGCUUAUUUGUAUAGCAGUAAAUUGCUGGUUUCUUCAACUUUCAUGUAAAGAACUUUAGCUUUAUGUGUUCUUUGUGCACCUUGUGUAUCCUGCUGGCCUUUUACAACCAAAUCUAUGAUUUCUGUAAAUAUUUUAUGCAGAAAUUUGUUGUGAGUUUUUUCUUGGUCUGCUUAGAUCAAACCUACCCUCAAACAGUCCAAGACAUAAAAAUUACAAUCAAUUGUCAAUCUUGUUUGCUCUUCUCUGGCAUAAAAAGGCAUCAGUAUGAAUUUUAAUUUAUCUCACAAACAUUAUAAAAAGAAACUCCUCACAGGACCUGUUAAAUGCACCAUUAUAAUCUAAUGAGGGAGAAAUCAGUUAAGAAGAGAGCCGUUAUUAAAAUCACUCUGUAUCUUAGCACAUGCGGAGUGCAGGAAAGCAGCCACUUGCAAUACACUGUAGAGGGCUGUGAAUUUGUGAUUGCAUUAAGGUGGUGCAGUGGGUGUUGACAACACCAGUGGUAAUCAUGACAGCAUUUGUCUGUGAAAACACAAGUAUUGCACAACCUCCAGGGCAAAUGACUGAAAAAAGAUAAGACACCUCCUUCCAAUUAUAAAAGUAUACUGGUCACACUAGUGCAGCAGUGCUUAGCCCACUUUUUAAGCAUCAGAAAGGUGUUCAAGAGCUUCUUUAACAUCAGAUUUAAGGUAGGUGUUAUAUUUGCGGAUUAUUUCUCGUUUAAAACUGUCAUGCAGAAGAAAACUCUCUCAGAGCAAUGGGCAGAGCACUGUUUGUGUUCGGUACUCUCCAACCUUUCAACAGUGGUAGAUAAAAACCUUUUCCACCGUAUAAACACAUUAUAAAGUCAAUGUUUGAUUAUCAGUCGCCUGCAGCCAUCUAUUUUCUGUAGAGUGUGAAAGCAGAAUGAUAAAAGAGACCACAGCUGAAAUAAACUCUACAAAUACACUCACUCACUGUGUUUGUUAAUCCAGCAGCAGAGACAACAGCGCCGCUGGUAACACCCAAUGACCACAUUAGUUUACUGGCACAUAAUAGGACAAGCAUCACUCUGAUAAAAGAAGUGCAAAGGCAGUGGGUUAGUGAUGGGUUUUUUGAGGUUUGGGGUUAUCUGAUUGUAUUUUUCUUUUUUCUGUUGUCCUGAUUUAUGGCAAAAAAAGAUAGAAUAAUGAAUUUGUCAUGUUCUUACAUUUCACCUUUGACUCUGUCUCUCUUGCUGUUUCCAAGACUCGCAACGUCCCGGCUAAUUUCAACGAGGCCAAAUACAUCGCCUUCACCAUGUACACCACCUGUAUUAUUUGGCUGGCCUUCGUGCCCAUCUACUUUGGUUCCAACUACAAAAUCAUCACCAUGUGCUUCAGUGUCAGCCUGAGUGCCACUGUAGCUCUGUGCUGCAUGUUUGUACCCAAGGUAGGACUGAAAAAUCCACACUUCUACGUUUAACUUAUUCACUGCUUUAAUCUGUAUAUUUCUCCACAUAUGCCAGUCUCCUUAAAUGCUAAGCUGCUGCUUAAACCUCUAAAAGUACCUUUUUCUAAAUGCUUGUCAGGGAUCCUUUAAAAGUGUAUGUUCGGACACUCUGUGGUUGAAAUCAUUCCAAAUCAGUGCACAGGCUAUAUUAGACUGCAAGUAACCAUAGCAACAGUACUAAUGCCUUAUGGUACACGAUCAGGUAAGUCUGACAGUUGAAAUAUUUUUAAUCAUGUCUUAAACUCACCACAACCUUUUUUAUUUGGUGACUGUUCAAGAUGAUGGGUUUAUUUUCAUGUGAAAAGACACUUCAUUGAGUAUUUAGGCUAAUCUGAAUUUUUUUAUUUCUAUAAGAGCAGUUUACCCUUCUAUCAAAAACUAAGAGAGAACUUUUUGAUUGAUUAAGUAACUUUUAUAUGCUGGUCCUGCUUCAUACCGUCAUGUUGUGGAUGCAACACUAAACUUUUUUAUUGCAAUUGUCGUCAGGUAAAUGACAUAUCUUUUUUUUUUUUUUACCAUUUUUUAGCAGUCAGUAAAUAUUGAUCUGUGCAUUUUUGGGGUUUAAAUGUAGAAUUUCUCAGAAAAUGUGAUAGGCUUAAACAUCAACUUUAAACAAAAGCAUCUUUUAUCAAGGUCUUUAAAGGGAUAUUCUGGCGUAAAAUUAAUUUAGGGUCAAACACACCGUAACACCCCAUUAAGUUAGACACCCCAUCAAGACAUGAAUGUUGCCGACCGCUUGCUUCUUUAGUUAUACCAACUUUCGUAACGACCCCACAAUAACAAUACACAGCGGUCUGAGGAGUCAUAAACAAACCUCAACCAAAAUGUCCCUCUAUUGCCACAAAUGAUGCUCAGAACAGCUCAUAACUUCAUCAACAGUACAUACAGGGUCCUUGCCAUAGGACUAGCCACCAAACAUCUUUUUAACUUUGCCUAAUUUCUUUGGCAAAGAGACUAAACACAACUCACCUACUCUCUUCCAGGAGCUGCUUGUUUGUAGCGAGACCUCAGGCCAGUUCAUUACAGACUAAAGCGGGGUGAUGCAGCUCAAGGAAGAACAUUUAUGAUCAUUUCUUCAUGGAAAUGCAAUCAGACUGAGACGCUAAGGCAGAAGAACUACCGCGUCUGCAGUGCAAAAUGAUUAAUAUGGGGAUCAUUACUUCAAGGAAAUUAUAAAAUAAUGAUCUUAAAUGUUCUUCCUUGAGCUGCGUCACCCCGCUGUAGUCGUGAUGGACUCGUCUGCAAACAAGCAGCUGCUGGAAGAGAGUGGGUAAGUUGUGUUAAUCUCUUUGCUAAAGAAAUUAGGCAAAGUUAAGAAAAUGUUUAGUGGGUAGUACCAUGGUUUGGACCCUAUAUGUACUGUUGAUGAAGUUAAGUGCUGUUCUGAGCAUUAUUUGUGGCUAUAGAGGGGCGUUUUGGUUGAGGUUUGUGUAUGGCUCCUCAGACCUCUGUGUAUUGCUAUCGUGUGGUCGUUACUAAAGUUGAUAUAACUAGAGAAGCAAGCGGUCGGCAACAUUCAUCUCUCGAGGGGGUGUCUAACUCUGUGUUACGGUGUGUUUGACCUUAACUUAAUUUUACGCUGGAAUAUUCCUUUAAGAUCUCCAACACAAAAGUUUUUUAAUCUUUCACUACAUAAUGAAAAUUUAAUAAUCUUAUUUUUUAAACUAGAUGUUUUGUUCAUUUUCAUUCUAGGUGUACAUUAUUCUGGCUAAACCAGAGCGGAACGUGCGCAGUGCCUUCACCACUAGCACAGUUGUGCGCAUGCACGUGGGCGAUGGGAAAUCGUCCUCUGCUGCCAGCCGGUCUUCAAGUCUGGUUAACCUGUGGAAACGUAGAGGCUCCACUGGAGAGACACUCAGGUACACAUGAGUGAGAGUAAGGGUUUGUGGGUGGAUGUGUGUGCAUACUCUGGGGGCUUAAUGGCCGCCAGGUUAAUUCCAGGUUACUCCUCAGUUACAGUCCAAGGCGCCAUUUUCGUAAUGGCCCAUCUCAGAGACUAUUUAUGUUGUGUGUGAGUGUGUGUGUGAGUGUGUUUCAGCUCUCUGAAAGAUUGAUCCUCUGAACUCCCCUCGUCUGCUUGACUGUUCUUCUGACCCUGGCAUGAACUACGGACAAUAGCUGUAUGGAGACAUGGCAAAGAGGGAGAGAGAGGAGUUAACUGACAGAAGAGGAAAAGUAAAAGUUUCUUAAUAGAGAUAGAGGAGAGGAUGAAUGUAAUGGGCAAAAGAUGAAAGACUAAAUGAUGGUAAAAAGACAAGAAAGCCGUAUUAACUUUCACACCCAGUUUAAGGCCAUCCACAAGUCAUCUACUGUGACAAAGCUGUGAUCAGAGGACACAGAGAGUGAUGCACGGCCACUUGCCCAGAAUGAAAAAGAGGAGAAAAAGACAAGAACACAUUUUCAUAUGUCAGCAGGUUACUCCAGCUCACCAUGCUUGGCAAGCAAGAUUUCAAUCACACUUUUGUGAAAAAUGCUCUUCUCUGUUCCUCUUAUAUCCUGUCUUCCCCUCUCACUCUCCUCUGCUCCUGUCUUCCUCUAUGAGUGGUGGUAAUUGACAGGCCUAUAUCUGUCUUCUCAGAAAGCUCUUGUCUUAGAACUGCUGACAUUGUAUGGUUUAACCAGACAUAAAACUAGUCAAUCAGAGGUGAAAGGCAAAAAUUAAGAAUUUAGAAAUAUGUAAGUUAAGAUUCAACAUGCACUCCUUCAAAGCCCUCUUUAACUGGAUCAUCACACAAAGAGGUCACAGCACUGUGUAUCUGGAGGUGCAGAUCCACUGUUGCAGCACAUGCGCCUGAGUGUGUGAUGCAUUAAGUGGGUGGGGGGUACGUCUGCGCAGGUGUGUGUGUGUGUGUGUGUGUGUGUGUGUGGUCUCAGGGUGAUUUGAGUUUCUUCACCUCAAGCCACUGAGGUGUGAGGUUUAAUCAGAGACUCCUCCAUAGAUUAAUCACACUAAUUAACCUGACAUGGGGAUGAGAGAAAAAAGGAGGGGGGCAGAGCACUUUGACUAAUGAUUAGCAGAGAAAAAGUGGAAAAAAAAAUGUAAUAAAGAGAGAGAAUGGAGGAAACGAGAUGACAGAGAAAAAUGAGGAACAUAUUUUGGGAAAAGAUGAGAAAAAGAGAUAAUUUUAUGGUAUUACUACACAUAUUAAGUCAAACUGAUUUUGUCUGGUGAUAUAAGGCCUGUGUAUGUACAUUUGUAUCUUUUAAAUAACACCACUAAAUUAGCCCGAUAUGUCUGAUCAAAUGAAGACGGUCUAUGUAAUACCUUAUUUUGCUGUGUUGUGACCUCCAGAGCUAAUUGCGAGCGCUGUUAAAACAGACUCAAUUGUCUUGUCUUUUCUUUGCAACACUAGUAUUUAAUUUUGUUCGUAGAUCUCAUUUACCGCGUCAUAACACAUUAAGCUGCAGCAGUCAAGAAAAUCGUGAAGUGAUAAACAGCACCGCACCAUUAUGUCAGAACAAGCUGCAGCUAAGAGAGAGGAAACGUGUUAUCUGUUUUAAUAUUUGGACUACAAACUGGCUCAUCUUACCCCAGAACUACUAUUAUGACUUUAUUAGUCCUCUAAGCUAAAAUGGUGGACUUUUAUGUUAGGUUUUUGACCUCAUGUUGUAGCUCACAGAUACCACAAUUGAUGUAUAAAACAAAUUUAAAAUGAUCUUUUUUGGUAUGAACACAAUUCUAUUAAAACAUAUUACAGACUAAAUUCACUUUCAAGAGUGAAAAAUUGUUUUUUUUUGUAAAUGAAUGUCUAACUCCUCCAUGAAUUGAUGCCCAUCUCCUAAAUAUUUGGUCACAUGAUCAAAUUCUUUUUACCAUUUCCGAGAAACAGGGGGGGGGCUCAACUUACCCUUUGGCUCAAUUUACCCCACUCUCCCCUAUGUAUUUGUAUUUGUCACAUUUAGUUGUCAGAUUUCGCAUUGAAAAGAGUAAAAAAUAAUUUUCUUAGACCUCAGUACAUUUCAUUGGUUUUAAAACCAAAACUUCACUUUAACAGAGUCUAAACUGAAAUUCUAGUAUUUGCAUCUUCUGAGUUGAUCUUCAACAGAUUUUUACAUUCUUCACAAACAAGAACAGUUAUUUAAGCUAAAAAAAAAUAACCUGAAGGUGGUUAAAGUAGUCUUAAAGGUCAAACAGCUCUGUAUUUAAAUAACACUUGGUCUUUGAAGCUCUUGAAACAUCACCUUUACACUGUCAUCUUUGCUUUUAUCUCCUUGUUCUCCAGCUCCAAUGGUAAAUCAGUGUCUUGGGCGCAGACAGAGCGCAGCAGCUCACGUGGAAGUCACCUGUGGCAGCGGCUGUCCUUCCACAUCAAGAAGAAGGAGAACAAUCAGACCGCCGUCAUCAAGCCCUUUUCCAAAACCUCUGAGGAGCGGUAUUGUCGCAGUGGGGACCUGCCCCCGCAUGUCCCUCUGCCCUCCCUCCCCUCCAUGUCCUCUCUGCCCACCCACCCUGACUCAGUCGCUGACAAGACUCUGUACGACCUCUCUGAAGCUGAAGAGCGCUACUCCAUCACCUACAGGCCGCAGACUCCUUCACCGAUCAGCACGGUCAGCCAGAGACUGGGGGCAGGCCCUGUCGAGGAGCCUCAGAUGACCAGUAUCCCAAAGUACCCGAGCAGCAUCUGCAGCGCCGGCAGUGGGAGCAGUUGUGGUCCUGCCAGCGGCUCUCUUAUUGCGGGAAGUGAUGGUCAUUUGGUCGCCGUGGACGAUCACCCUGGGGUGCCGCAGAGCACGCUGAUGGAUCAGAUCAGCUGUGUGGUCAACCGGUUCGCAGCCAACAUCUCUGAGCUCAACAGCAUGAUGUUAUCGCCCUCUCCGACGCACUCACACACGCACAAACACACAUCUCCUUCCCCUCACCCGCCUGACCCGUAUCUGCUCCCCAGGGAGAUCCCGAUGCCCCCCACCCUCACCACGUAUGCUGACGUCCAGCCCCUCCCACCUGUCGAGUCCAGCUUGGGUGGCCGGGGCGGCUGUCCAAUUCACUCUAUUCCUCAUUCGCCUUAUCCCCUGCCACCACCUCACCCUCAGAACUCCCCCACCCUGUCCCCCAUACGUGGAGGCCUCAUCAGCUCCUCCCCUCUGAGGAAGGUGGAGUUGGAAGAGGAACUCAUCGCUUUGACCCCGCCGUCGCCUUUCCGGGAUUCCCUGGCUUCCAGCAGUGGCUCACCCGUCUCAGAGACGGGUCUUUUUCUCCCGCCGGUACCCUCCCAUCCUCCCCCCUCCCCACCUUCACCGAGGUACAGCAGACUGACGCUCAGAAACUACAGCCAGAGUUCAUCCUCACUGUGAGCUAAAAGGAGGAAAUCGCAGAAAUCGGGAGGAACACUUGAAACACCUCAAUCCACAUGAGAGGAAAAGUUGUGGGAGGACUCCGUGCGUGGAGUUAAAUCCUGAAGUUAAGGAGUCAUGGAGGCACGCUGGUGAAGAUGCCACGUUGUGAUAAUCUGCUGUGUUUGUGUUUACAUGUUUGCAGUAAGACGCAGGUAUAAAAAGCUUGCCCUUCAUGUGUUUUCUUAGUGCUGUUUCCAACAAUUGGGGCACAAAUUACUGCAACGGUGGCCACUAGAACUGCAGUCUUUUGGUGUCUGUAAAGCCAGAAAUCAUACUGGGAGGUCUAGAGCUAUGUGUAGUCUAGGUUUGGGUAGUGGCCUUAAGGUAACAUGGCUAUCAACUAAUUAGAGAUUGUGGGAUGUAUGUGUGAGUGUGAGUGUUGUAUGAGUGUGUGUUUUUGCUGGUUCUUCGUUAAGAACAGACAAUGGUAACACGACAAAGUGAAGAGUAUUGAAGAGCUAUGACUCCUGAGGCCUGUAAGGAAAUAAGCAGAGGCUAUAAAGGGCACACAUAUAUGUGAUCACUCACACAAACACACAUAGGUGUGAUCACACACAAACAAACUGUAAAUAUACAAGAGAGGUUCUGGAUUUUUCUUUUCAAGGUAAAAUCCAUCCUGCUUCUAUCAAAAGUGCAUUGUGAUUUACAUACCAUGAUGUAUGUUUCUUCAAAGAAAAGCAUCAUUUCUUUCAUUCAGCUCUCGAAUUUGUUUCUCACCGUAACUUUCUUUACUUCAGUCCCUCUUUUUCAGUAUUUUCUACUCUUUGUUUUUUUUCUUUUUCUUCAGAAGUUUGAAUGUAUAUUUUUUACAUGAUUCCUGAAGUAGUUGGGACCAAAUCUUUUGUACCUCUUAGUCUGUGACUUGAGAAAGGGGAUGAGGAAAGACUGACAAAGCCAGGCCUUGUUUUACAAUCAACAUCUCAGUUCAGGUGAAUUCUUGGCAGAAAUCAGACCACAGGCUUAUUUUUAGUGUGUGACAUUUAACUGCGGAGCGUGUAAGGCUUAGCUGGAUCCCGGUCAUGACAUUUCCUUUACUCAGAAUGACAGCAGGAAACAAGUGUCUCUCAGUUUCAUAGAGACAGUGCUCUAAAUUAGAUUAAUAUCAAUCACAAUCAAUUCUGAUGUUAGUGGAUACAGACUGAUUGAUUCAUGCUGGGACAAAGGCUCUUCUGCCUGCUCCUCUUUUGCAUAGGUGCUCAGACCUUUUCAAAAUGAGAUCUCUCUUUUUAGACAAAGACGGGCAGAAGAACAAAAGACUUUCAGACUGAAUGAGCAGACGUGAGAGUAGAAUUGAUCCCCUACUAGAGGAAUGUCAAAUGUCAAUCUAUAAGUUUAAAGUAAGGCCUAACCUUUGGAGACGUGUUUCAAAUGUCAGACUAGCUGGAUUUAGAUGAAUGCUGUAAGGGUUUUUGGGGAUCAUGUUUGUAUAGAAAGAUCUAGACUAGAUACUGGAUACUGGACUCAACAUUAAAUCAACAUGACUGUGCAUCUUAACCAUAGACUGUAUAUAGAAUGGACAGCGUCUGCCUCUGAGAACGAGAACAGCACCCUCUGGUGACGGGCUGCAAUAUAGGUCAUAAAUCCCGCCUCCAACAGGCAUCCUUAAGGGGCUGUGGACAAACUUUAGAAAUUUAUUACAUAGAAUAUAAUUUUUUCUCCCCCCUGCUUGCGAUGUUGACAUGUAGUUACAGUAAGAUUGGUUUGUGCUCAAGUCCUCUUUUUUCUGUACACCUCCAAUUUUAAAAGUUAUUAGGAGGUUCAUGUUUUCUAUGAUUGACACUUGAUAGAGCCUAUGGGCGUACGAAGAUUGUAUAGCUCACCUGGAGGAUACGUCGUUUUAGCCGAGCAUCAUCACAGUGCUACUGCGCAAGUGGUGGAGUGUGUACAACUCGACUGCCCAAUGUUGGUUUAAGGAAAUGGAGAAAAAACGCAGAAUUACCGAGAACUUUUCAGCUUCAAAUCCAUUUACUGUCAGAAGGCGGAACCAAGUUGUCCAUGGUACAUACAGUCUAUGAUCUUAACAUUCCAGUUAUAAAUGUCAGUGUAAAUAACCAAACGGAAAAUAAAAGCAUACCAUUUGCCAAAAGCAUGUUUUAUUUUAAAAAGCUACUGUGCUUACAUUUGCCAUCAGAAUUUAUUUUGAAGAAAUACUGUAGACAUGUCGAUGGAUGUACUCACUGAGAUGCUUUUGAGAAACAGGGCCUUGGCUUUGUGUCAGCUCUCUCCCCUACGAGACAGAUAAUGGUCAGAGAGUUGUGACACACAACAAACACCCACACGUUAAUAGACAUUUUAUUCAGGAAUGUCGUCAGCAGCAAACGCAUAAAUUGUUUCCAGUAGAUCUUGUUAAUGAUAAUUGGGCUACGCUUUCACAACAACAACAAUCACCACUUCAAAAUGUUGCCUGUAUACAACUGUCCAUUACGGUCUCCAUAUUUCUGCAGCAUAUGCAUCCGUCGGCUGUUACUGCUGACUGAUGCAGAUGCGUUUCAUGGUCGGAUUUCUCCUCGUGAGUGUUAUAUUUUUGCUCUACAGUAGCCAGCAAGAACAAACUCAGACAAAGUGAUUCUGUAAAUACUAAGGGCAUGCAAAGACAGUUCUGUUCUGUUUCAGAUGAGAGUAAUUUUCUUUACAUAUCAAAAAAGAAAAAAGAUGUUUUUGAACUAUGUUAUGAAAUCUUACAGUACCAAUAUGUGUUAAGACUACAGAAACUGUGUUACUACUCUGAAUGUGUGAGUGACCAUUCCUAUUCAAAUGUCUUGUAAUUCAACAAUAUAAUAAUUGAUAUUAAUGAUUAUUGUGCCAAAGGGGUUAGGGGCGGGUUUAGCUAACUAGCUUGUGGGUAAAUCAGUGGUUUUAUAAAAAAAAGAGAAAAAAACGUCAAUGUAAUACUGUUUCUAUUGUUUUCAAUAUUUUCUAUAUAAAUAUUCCACAUUUUUCCAGUGUAAAAGCAAUAUUAUCCAUACGUGUACAAGGUGCACAUGUGAGGGGUUCCUUAAAUCAUUGAAAUGCUAUACGAUGUUGUUGAUUUGUCUUCUGUAAUCUUUUAUCAAACGCUCAACAAGGACAUGGUGGGUAGAUUUUAACACUCUCUUUGCUAAAGUUUAAACAAGGGAAGAGAAAUAUUUAGUCAGUAAUAACAUCGACAUCUCAAUUAGAGCUUUUUUUUCUGGGAUUUCUUCAUAUGAGACGCAAAAAUGCUCUCUGUGCCUCCGCAUGAGACGCCUUAGGUUGUGAAAAGUAUUGGGAUAGAAAGUCCUGGAUUAGUCUCGAAUAUAAACUUUGAGCGAAACAUUCACUACAAUACAAAUGGAUUGUCUCCAGUAUAACAUAAGAGAUAACACUUUACUUGACGUCGUCUCCAUAAUGCAUUAUAAAUAUAUUUAUGUGUUAUAAUCAUGUUAUAGCACUGUAUAACUAUAGUUAUAAACACUCAUAAAUGAUCAUAAUGCUUUAAAGCAACAAUCAUAACGUAUUUUAUCAUGACUCACAAGGUCAAGUAUUAUAAUGUGUUAUAAAUGUUAACAACAGUUGCAUUGCAUUAUCUAUGUGUGCUUUGUGAGUGAGUUAUUAACAGUUAUAACACAUUAUAAAACCUGACCUUGUGAGUCAUGAUAAAAUGCUUUCUAAUGUGUUAUGAUUAUUGCUAUAAAGCAUUAUGAUCAUUUAUGAGUGUUUAUAACUAUAGUUAUACAGUGCUAUAAUGUGAUUAUAAUACAUAUAUUUGUAAUGUGUUAUAAGGAUAGGCGUCAAGUAAAGUGUCGCCAAAAAAGAUCAUUUGGAUGUUAUUUUUUUACUUUUGUUGUGGCUGUGCCUGUAAAUUAAGAAACAGACAUGUUUUAAGACUUUUCCUCAUGAUGUGACCAAAAACUUUACCCAUAUAAUUUGAUGAGAACUGUUGGUCGUAAAAGUCGAUGAGAUUGGUCUCUGACUGUGCAUCCUUAUCUCUCCAUCUCCUCAUCUAAUCUGAACAACCUGGGCCUUUACCUGUGCUAUCGUUGAGAUAUUAGCGGGGGAGGAGCUGGUUUAUCUGCUGCUGUCACUGACUGGGUUUUCAACAUGCUGAGACAGUAACCGAGAGCUGUCUUCAGCGCUCGAGCCGCAUGUUAUCAGUCCCCCUGGUGAGGUUCGACAGUUCAGUGCUACCUCUGCAGAAAAAGACAGGUUCAGCACUCUCAUCCUCUGUUGUCUUGUUCUCUUUAAGGGCUCUGUUUUUACAUUGGAAGCCAAGCGAUGUGAUUAAAAAAUGUUCAUUGGAAGAGUGCAAGGAAACGUGACACAGCACAACCAGUAAGAAAAAACUUUGACCUCUAAAUUUUGAAUUAGUAGUUUGACAAAUUACUAUAUCAGUAUUGGCUAUUCUGCACCUGCUUAAAAGUUUCACUGUAAAUGCAGCAGUUAUCCCUGUGUCUUCAAUAUGCUGCUUGCUCCAUUAAUGCCACUUCUCCAUUUUUAUCCCUACCUCAAGGAUAACACAAAGCUACCGUUCUAUUAAUCUGGGUUGAUCUCAGCUCUAGAUAUUUCCCCCUUGUAACACAGCCAAAACACGAUGAGUGAAGUCUUGCGUUUGCCAGAAAGAUGAUCGCCUGAUGUGACUUUACCCCCCCAAGAGCUGCUGGCUGACUUAUUUGAAAAAUGCACUCCAAAGAAUUAGAUUGAUAAUCCCUGUGUUUAAAAAUACUUUUAAUCUGACUCACUCAUCUGCUUGUAGGACAACAAAAAAGACACAAGGUCGUUUGUUUUAUGCCUUGGAGAUGAAUAGAUAAAAACAGGUUUUUCAGAGAUCCCUAAAGCUUCCCAAUCCUUAAACGGUGUCGCACAGCCAAGGGUACAAAACCACAGGGCUGUUUCAUGGCCUGUGUCUUUGCAUUUUUAGUCCAGGUUUAAUGUUGUUAAAACAUAUUUGGCAGAAGCACAAAGUCAGUGCAGUCAGUGCUUUUUCAAUGUAAUGAACAGUCCUGUGUGAUGGAGCAGUCUCACCAUUGUCCUGCCUGUGGAGUGAUUUGAAGUUUACCGCAGAAAUACCACAUCAAAAGGAGAGGAUGCUGUUAAAGGCAUUUUAUAUUACACCAUUUUUGCAGCCCCCUUAUAUGAUUAUCAUUUAAGUUAUGUCGCGAUAAUUACCUUGUGCAUUUCGAGGGUCCAAAUAUAAGUUGUCUUCAUGUUUUUUAUUUUUUCCUGUUUUGUUAGAGAUGUUGAAUAACGGAUAAAAUGCUAACAGCUCACUUCCUUUGGAGUGAUGCCUCAUGGUGUUUUACUAGAAAAGGUUCACUCUAGAGAAAAGUAGAUAUAUUUAUUGCAAAAAAAGCAGUUAUGCUGGUAUAAAGUCUGUGACUCUGCAGGGAGGAUGCACAGACCAACUGUUGUGAAUGGCACAUUCUAGGUAAGGUGAAAUACCUUUUAACUGAAGCACUUUAAGUGCUAUCUCUCUGGCAUUUUCAGGUAAAAAUUCAAGCAUUUAGACUCUACGCUUUGUGAUGAAAGAGAAUCGUAAAAUGUUUGAGUCUCACCCCACCCCAGUCACUGAUUUUUGUAGAGGUUUGGUUCGGUGGUUUCAGUCUUGCUGCAGCUGGUUUGUCCGCUGGAGGAUUACAAGUAGAUAUCUUAGAAAUCAUCAUCAGUAUUUUUAUAAGUUUGUCUGAUGCUGCUAAUUUGAAUGUCGCUUUUUAAAGCUAAGUAAAAGCAUGCCUUUUUAUUCUAAGUCAUUUCUUUCUCGGCCAAUAAAGUUCAAUAACAGAUUUUUAAGUAGUUGUGUAUGUUAUACACAAGCAAAGAAGAGGAAGUGGUGUUAUAAGAAGUAAGUUGUGUAUUAUAUUGAUUAGAAGUAAGAGGAGUUUAUGUUUGUAUUUAUUUGGCUUCAGGGUGGAAAACUUGAUGAGUAGGUCUGUUUGCUUCUGUAGGGCAUUAUUAUUUUGUGUACAAGUCUGGCAAGUUGCGGAAUUCAAGUCAUGUGAAUUGAUGGUUUGUGAAAUGUAAAUUAAGUUAAAUGAACUCAUCACAUGUUUCUGUUUAUGAGAGAAUCAAACCAAACUGAGCUGUGAUAUCACCAUGUAACUCACAGGUAUCCCUGCAGGGAAGGAAGAAAAACCAAUAUGGUUGAUGUGUCGGUAAAAUCAGACAUGAAUUUAUGCUGUGAGCUCUUUUUAUAUCCUUCUUAAAUAACUGCUUUACAAACAAACAUGAGGAAAAUUAGAAAUUUGAAUUCUAAUGGGACUCUACUUUGAGUGUUUGACAUAGAGCAGUUAGAGAUUUAUCAGUAAGGAGGCGAGUGUCGUCUAGACCCGAUGUUUACAUUCCAGAUAACUAAGAUUUUCAUUUUUUAGUACCUGCUCUGUGUCAUGAUGUUUUACAAGCUGCUGAGCAAACUCUCAAAUUCUGUUUUGAGCGAAAUGAUCAGGGUGAAAAACCAAUCUAAUUUAUUCUGGACAAAGAAUAGCUCAUCUUCAUGUAAAGUGGGGUCAUGUACAAAUGUGUUUACAGCGCAGAUUUAUCAUAACCUGAAUUGAUAUGUGCUUAUUGGAGAGGCAAGCUUGGGCUUCAGUUGGAUAAAAGAAAAUAAUGGCGGUUUGAAAUGAGGAUAAGUUGAACGAGAUGAACUCUUUUGCUGAAUGUGAAGAAUGAAAAAUGUGUUUUUAUUAUUUCGUAUUUAUUCCCUCCUGGCAGAAAUGACAAUUAUGGAAAUAGAAAUUUUGUAAUAAAUGUAAACAAGUUCUUGGAAGAAUUACUAUUGAGUCAAGCCAGUGUACCCUCAGACUCCAUUGAUGAUUUAUCACAGAGAGUUGUUAACAUAAGCUCCUCCACGCAGUGCCAACUUUUUCUCAUCUGUUUUUUUUUUUUAUCUAGUGCUCUGUGUGUUUCUUGCUCAGUUGGAAAAACUCUACAAAAGUGGAACUAAAAUGGAAUUGAAUCUGAUUCUGAGAUUCUGGGGAAACAAUAACAUUUUUUUCAAAGAGGUUCUUUUACAAUACAAAUAUUUUGUGAACACGACUGAGAUGAAUUUUGUCAUUUCCUAGAGGAAGCCUUGUUGUGUUCAUCCACUCGGGGGCAUUUGAUAGUUGAACUGACUUUUUAAAGCUUUGUUUUAUUUUGCUUUUUUCCUCCUGAUGUGAAACUAUAGAAUGUAAUUUGGUGCUUUAUAUUGGUGUGAUAAUGGGAGAUGGUUUUAUAUUUGGAUAUUUCUCUAUUUAAUACGUUGAUUCAGCUUUGUGAAGUUUGCAGUGUGAGAAUAUAGCUGUAUGGAAAAUACUGUAUGUUUCUAAGAAGCUUUUUAGUGGGGAGUGAUGAUGGGUGACGAGGGGGGGCUGUACAUGUCUACUUCAAAUUUAUAUGUUCAAUUACUGUUUUUUGCCUGUAAAUGAGCCUUUGACUAGCUUCAGCCUUUCUUAUAGAGAUGUGAAGGUUUGAUCUUAGAAAUAUUUGAUUUCUAAAUGAAUUGCUGGGCAACAUUGUUUCCCACUGACUCUUGGGCCUCAUUUACAAGCUUUUUCGAGGCUCCCUGUAGACCUGGCAGAAAGAACACGAGCGGUUUUGUCCAAACAGAGCUCCUUUCAUCUCUAGUUAAUGAAUCUUUAUCUCCUCGCUCCAAAUCGGCCCACAGUGAUGCCUGUGAAGGCACCUCUCUGAUUUGAUCCCUGGUCACUAGAAACCAAAGGAGUGGGCAGUGUUAACAGGAUGCUCCGUGCACUUUAAUUACAACCCUGGUGUGUUUUAGGUUAUCAAAGUGAGGGUUCAUAGAUACAUCCUUUGUGGAUUUGUUUUAUCUUAUCUUUUAUUGUGGAGCAAUAAAAAAACACACACAUUUAACACUGUUAAGAUUUAAUGCACCAGCCAAUAAACCAGUUGCUGUACUUGCUUUUUAUGAAAAUCCUCAAAAUCACACAAUCUGACACAAUUCUGGGUACACACCUACUCAUAAACAUGUUUAUAUUGUGGCUGAACAUCAUUUUUCAGAAUGGAGGACAAAGGAAAAACAGAUAUUUUGCUUUUUUGAGACCAUGCAUGCUUAACACUUGGACUGAUAGUGCAGUGAUGGGAUAUGAGAAGUGAGCACUGACAGUUUUUCCUUACUGCUCAUUAUACAAGGAAGUAACUGUAACUUUAGCCACGCUGGAUAAGGAAAGACAUUUAUGUAAGUUUGUCGGGCACUUCUCUUUUCUGCAAGAACACUGUGCUACUGAAAUAUUUUGGCAUUAACAGGGAUUUUUAUCUCACCGUCUAGGCACUAAGAGAGAGGUACGGCAGCCUUCUUAGAAUAACAUUAAAAAUUUUAAGUGUCAUCAGAAAUUGCAGCUUUUUACUGUGACAUGGUUCUCUUUGUCUUUUUAAAACUGGGUCGUGCCAACCAAGUUUAAGAUUCUCCAAUCUGUGUAAACAACAUAUGGUGGGAGAUUGUGUAUGGUCGGGUGAAAGGUACAAAGAAAGAUGUGUUUCCUUUAUUUUGUUCACCAUUGAGAAAACCAUUGUGUAAGUGUACUACGAAGUACCUUUGAGUCAUUAUUAAAAAACAACUAUGAUCAAACCCCCUUGUCUUUUCCUAUCUGUUUAUUCGAUUUUGGUUUAUUAAAGAAAUUGUUACUGCAUCCCAGACAAGUGGCAACCUGCAGAGCUUUAGAGUGGAG